GGGGCGCACGGCGGCGGCGGCGGAUCAGUCCCAGGAAGAGCCCCGACGGCGACGGCGGCGGCCGGAGCCCCCCCGGGAGAAGCACCAGCAGCGCCUCUUCAGCCCCAGGUCGGUCCGCGGAGGGCGAGGGGACGGGGGCAAACUUUGGCAAACUUGGCCAAACUUUGGCAAACUUUUCCCUCUAAGCGCCCAGCCGGCGUCGAAAAGCCUCCUGGAGGUGGGGGCGGCCAAGGGUUUGGGGGGCACCGGUCCUUCAAACCCCCCCCCCAAAAAAACCUUUCCCAAACUUUGCCAGGCGGGGACUGGGCGGAGGAAUGAGGGUCCCCCUACCCAAAUCCGUCCAACGCGCCUCCUACCUCUGCGUGGGAAACGGCUGCUCUGCGUUUCUGAUGCCGCUUUUGGGGGGGGGCUUGCCAAGAUGCCCCCAUUUUAUUGGGGAGGGUCUGCCUGCUUUUCCGUCUAAGCUUUUCCUCUCCUCCCUGACUCUCUCUCUCUGGGAAUCGGAUCCGCCUGUCUCCAGGGCACCGCGGCGGCUGGAGGUGGGGGGGUCGGCCGGCAGGCGGAUCCGAUUCACGCCCGGGCUUGCUCUCGCCCUGCGCUGCAGACAUUUUGGGUGCGCUUAUUCACCGCGGCAGAGCCAGGCAGGGAGGGAGGCAAGCAGCCUCAACCAACCCCCCCCCUUCCACCAAAGGCUGGAGGGGAGCGGGGAGGGAGGGGCCGCCCUGGAAUUUGACUUGGAAGAGAGAACGCACCCCCCCACGCGCAAAAAAAGAGAUGUAUUUAUUAUGUUUUGUUUUGCGUAAAAGAUGUUUGCCAAAAGAGAGCCCAGCCUCCCAUGUUUCUUUCCCCUUCUGAGUUUGCAAAUUUCAUCCUCUCCUAUUUUUGGCGGCUGGUACAUUGGGGUGGGGGGGGGAUGGGAAAAGGAGGUGGAGAGCUGCUUGGCAUGCAGAAGGGUGUUCCGGGUACAGGGACGCGGGUGGCGCUGUGGGUUAAACCACAGAGCCUAGGACUUGCCGAUCAGAAGGUUGGUGGUUCGAAUCCCCGCGACGGCGUGAGCUCCUGUUGCUCGGUCCCUGCUCCUGCCAACCUAGCAGUUCGAAAGCACGUCAAAGUGCAAGUAGAUAAAUAGGUACCGCUCCGGCGGGAAGGUAAACGGUGUUUCCAUGUGCUGCAACUCUCUGUGUUAAGGGUCUGCCCCCAAAACCUCAGUCGGCCCUCUCCCCAUCUCCUGGCCUGAUUUCUUACAUACAACCAGCCCAGGGUUGUCGCUGCCUGCCAUGGGGCACAGACAUCACCCCCAAAAGGGCCUGCCAGCCUCUUGCACUGGGCACCAGCCGCCACUGCUCUCCCGAUGGGGCCUUGGCGAGGGUGGCUGCCCUUAAGUGCCCUGCGAGUGGCACAACUCUGUGCGUGUGUCAUAGGGUCACAAAACAGGCCCCAAAGCUCUCUUGAAUAUUGUGUUGUCGUCAAAGAAGCUUCGGCGAGUGAUACUUGGAAUAAGCAGGGUUAGAAGGGACGCCCAGGGUCAUCCAGCCCAACCCGCUGCGAUGCAGGAAUCCCAACGGCAAAUGACACACACCGGCAGCUAAAAAUAUUUCACGUUUUCUUUGCUGCGUGAGAAGGUGCGGCUGCGGUUUCACCGGAGGCUUGGUGUGGGCAGCUGCCCAGGCAGAGGGUGUGGCGGGCGGCAUGUUCUCCUGGCCCUGGCCCCAGCUGCCUCCGGUGGCCCCGUGCCACGUGAGGACAGCUUCCAGUGGCGAAGGCAUUGUGUGAUAAUUGGGAUAAUCCGUACGUGUAAAGGAUGGGCACGCCCGAAUCUGCCUUGGGUUAUCCUGAUCCAAGGAUAAUGGCGCUUUACCCAUCGCACCCUAUCUCACGCACCCUAAAAAGGGCGGGGGGUUGACCACCUGUAAGCAGCACAAGGGGUUCCUCAGAGGAAAAGGGAGGCAGGAACAGAGCGGAGGAAAUAUGCAUUUAUUUCUGAUAUGUGUGAUUCAGCGUGUGAUUCAGUGAUCCAUCCUCAUCCAUCAGGAGGAUGGAGCAACGAAAACAAUCAGAGAGACGGAAAGACUAGGAAAAAAGGGGUUGUAGCGUUUUGGACUCUUUAGUUUAGAGAAAAGGCAAGUGAUACCUUUUAACCUUUAAAGCCCUAUACAGCCUAGGACCCUCGUGCCUACGGGACCGCCUCUCCUGGUAUGUCUUACGGAGGACCUUACGGUCUGCAAACAAAAACAUCUUGGAGGUCCUGGGCCACAGGGAGGUUAGGCUGGCCUCGACCAGAGUCAGUGGCCCCGAUCUGGUGGAACGCUCUGUCACAAGAGACUAGGGCCCUGCGGGACUUGACAUCUUUCCGCAGGGCCUGCAAGACAGAGCUGUUCCACCAGGUCUUUAGCCAAAAAACAGUCUGACCCCCUCCUUUGGUGUUCCUCGUAGAACUCUGGCCCAAUGGUUGCCAUUUGGUUUUGAAUUGAUUUUAGAAUAUUGAUUAUAGAAUGCUGUGUUACUUUUAUUGCUGUUAGCCGCUCUGAGCCCGGCUUCGGCUGGGGAGGGCGGGAUAUAAAUAAAAUUUUAUUAUUAUUAUUAUUAUUAUACAAUAGAAGCUUAUUAUAAAAUAAUUCGUGGCCUGGGGAAAGUGGGCAGAGAGGAUUCCCCCCCCCCACAUAACACUAGAACCCGUGUUCAUCCAAUGAAGCGGAACUUUGGAAGAUUCAGGACAGAGGAAAGAUAAUGACUUUGUCACGUGGUUAAACUUUGGAACUCUCUGCCACAAGAGGCAGUGAUGACCUGGAUGGCUUUAAAAGAGGACUAGGCAGAUUUGUGGAGGAGGAGAGGGCUCCUGUGCUCAGGCCUGCUUAAGGGUUUCCUUUGUGGCAUCUGGGGGAACAGGAUGCUGGACUCGAUGGGCCUGAUCCUGCAGGCUGUUCUGUUGUUGUUAUGAUAGCCUUGGCUGGCCCAGGCUGCUGAAGGCUGAGCUCAAAAGAGCUGAGGCUUUUAGACAGAUAAGCUAAUGCAUUCCUGGCCCUGCGAGUUCCAAAAAAAGGAAUCUCCUUCCCUCCCGUCGCUGUUGAAACUGGUUCCUCCUCUGCCGAUAACCUCAAUGUCACCCUUCCCUUCUCCUGAUCACGUGGCCUCACGCUCAGACUGCAAGGCCAGGAUCUGCGGGAUAGCUCAGUUGGUAGAGCACAAGACUCUUAACUUCAGGGUCGUGGGUUCGAGCCAGACGUGGGGCAAAAAAGAUUCCUGCAUUGCAGGGGGUUGGACUAGAUGACCCUCAUGGUCCCUUCCUACUCUUCCAUUCCGGGGUUUCUAUGAUGCAUGGCUAGCUAAGAACGUCAGGGGACUCCUAAUGGACCAGGGUCCACCCAGUCCUGAGUCCAUUUCUUGCAGUGCCGCACAGAAAUUCAGUUUUGUGGUAGUAGAAAAGAAAGCUAAGUCUGCAGCUCGAUAUGCAGAAACUGAGUAGAUGAGGCACAGGGUUAAGUGCCAGCCCCCUUGGUGGUGGGUCUACGGGUGAGAGUCAGCCUGCAUGGCCUCCUGGCCUGCUCACCAUUCAGACUUACUUACAGCCUGCAGGGCUCCUGGUUUUAAUGCCAGCUUUCCUGAAGGACUAAGGACUCAGUUGCAAAGAAGGCAUCUUCCUACCUUGGCUUUAAGAUCUGCUUCGAAAGCCUUGCUUGUUAUUCCACCACCAAGUAAGGCACGAAUAUCCAUCACUCAUGACAAGGGCCUUCUUGGUGGUGGCUCCGUGGUUGCUGGAAAAGCCAAGUAGCAAAGACUCUGCUUGGUUUUUGGCCCUGGUGAAAACUUGCCUCUUCCUCCAGGCUUUUAACGAUGCAGAGCCCUGAGGUUUUAGGCUACUAAUUGGCCGGGGUGAGAAGGAGCGGUUAAUAUUGUUUCGACAGUUUUAAUGCUUCAGGUCAGAUCUGCGGACGAAGGGCGGUAUGCAAAUUUUAAUAAUAAUAAUCAGGGCUUUUUUCAGCCGGAACUCACUGGAACUUGGCAACUCUCAGGUGGGCGCCAUUGCCAUUCUAAGAAAAAUAUUUCUAGAAAAAAUUCUAAUAAUGAUGAAGAAGAAUAAUCUAAUAAUGAUGAUGAUGAUGAUGAAGAUAGAUCAGGCCUGUGUUAUGGGCAAAUGUGGCCCACAGGGUUCUUCCCAGGCCACCGAUCCUAAUUUUCACCCUCCUUGAGUAUUCUUCCCUGGUUGGGAAGUGUCCUUCAGCUCUGAAUCUACCGUAUUUUUUGCUCUAUAAGACUCACUUUUUCCCUCCUAAAAAGUAAGGGGAAAUGUGUGUGCGUCUUAUGGAGCGAAUGCAGGCUGAGCAGCUAUCCCAGAAACCAGAACAGCAAGAGGGAUCGCUGCUUUUGCUGUGCAGCGAUCCCUCUUGUUGUUCUGGCUUCUGGGAUUCAAAAAUUUUUUUCUUCUUGUUUUCCUCCUCCAAAAACUAGGUGCGUCUUAUGGUCUGGUGCGUCUUAUAGAGCGAAAAAUACGGUAUCUCCUGCUCACUUGGCUGGAAGACAGAGAGAGCCUGUGUGUAAGUGUCUUGUCGAAACUGGCCUACGAUGCCAAAGUGAAAUUCAGCGCCUCGCCCUCUUUUCGCCUCUGGCCUUGCCCAGUGUUGGCAUUCGGCCCCCAGAACAUUGCCCAGGAGGGAAUUUGGCCCUCGGGUUCCCAAUCCCUGUUUUAGAUUUCGUAUUCGAGGUGCCCGGCCCUUGGGUGAUGAGAAGGCAGGUGAGAAGCAAAGAGAAGGAAUAGGUAGGAAUAACUCCUACAGAUCCACAAGGAAGUUCACUUAAGACUGCUGUCCAUGCAUCCUUAGACAUGAAAUGAAUAACAAUUAUUAUUUUGUUAUUUAUUUAAAUCUGUAUGCCGCCCUUUGUCUGGAGAUCACAGGGCGGUCUGAGGCAGAAGAAUACAAAAUGAGAACACACGACAAUGCGAAAAAAUUUAGAUAUGAUGUAGAAAAGCCAGAAGGAGGAAGGAGGGAAGUCAGCUCUUAGGAGCAAGUAUAAAUGUAAAAUGUAAAACCAUAUUUGUAUGUGGAGUAUGUAACUGAAAAACCAAUAAAGAUCAUUAUAUAUAAAAACAAAAACAAAACGAGAACACAAAAUACAUAUGAAAACAAACCAAUAAUUACACACACCCCGCAAACUCAUUUUAAAAGCCAUAGAAUGUUAAUCAGCUGAAAGACUGGUUGAAGAGGAAUGUUUUUGCCUGGCACCUAAUGUUAUGUAAUGAAGGUGCCAGGCCAGCCGUCCUGGGGAGAGCAUUCCACAGAUGGGGAGCCACUACAGAGAAGGCCCCGUUCUUGUGUUGCCACCCUCCGGACCUCUCAAGGAGGAGACACACAAAGAAGGGCCUCAGAAGGUGAUCUUGGUCCGGGUACGUUCAUAAGGAAGAGGUGGUCCUUGAGGUAUUGUGGUCCUGAGCCGUUUAAGGCUUUAUAGGUCAAAACCAGCCCUUUGAAUGGGGCCCGGAAGCUAAUUGGUAGCCAUUGCAGUCAGACCAGGAUCUGUCUUGAGCAGGGGUCAGCAAAUUUUCAGCAGGGGGUCGGUCCACAGUUCCUCAGACCUUGUGCGGGGGGCUGGACUAUAUUUUGAAAAAAUAAAUAAAUGAAGGAAUUCCUAUGCCCCACAAAUAACCCAGAGAUGCGUUUUAAAUAAAAGCAAACAUUCUACUCAUGUAAAAACACGCUGAUUCCCGGACCGUCCGCGGGCCUGAUUUAGAAGGCGAUUGGGCCGGAUCUGGCCCCCGGGCCUUAGUUUGCCUACCCAUGGUCUUGAGCAACCUGGCCACUGAAUUCUGCACCAGCUGAAGUUUCCAAACUGUCUUCAGGGGCAGCCCUACUUAUAACACAUUGCAGUAAUCUAACCUUGAGGUUAAGGGACGCGGGUGGCACUGUGGUUAAACCACAGAGCCUAGGGCUUGCUGAUCAGAAGGUCAGCGGUUUGAAUCCCCGCGACGGGGUGAGCUCCCGUUGCUCGGUCCCUACUCCUGCCAACCUGGCAGUUUGAAAGCCCGUCAAAGUGCAAGUAGAUAAAUAGGUACCACUCCGGCGGGAAGGUAAACGGCAUUUCCGUGCGCUGCUCUGGUUCGCCAGAAGCGGCUUAGUCCUGCUGGCCACAUGACCCGGAAGCUGUACGCCGGCUCCCUCGGCCAAUAAAGCGAGAUGAGCGCCGCAACCCCAGAGUCAUCUGCGACUGGACCUAAUGGUCAGGGGUCCCUUUACCUUUACCUUUAACCUUGAGGUUACCAGAGCAUAGACAACAGUAGUUAGGCUAUCCCUGUCCAGAUAGGGGAGGAAGCUGGGCCACCAGCCAAAGCUGAUGGAAGGAACCGAGGCCACCUGAGCCUUGAGCGACAGCAAAGGAUCCAGGAGGAUCCCCAAGCUGCGAACCUGCUCCUUCAGAGGAAGAGUAACCCCAUCAAGAGAAGGCAGUCUCCCACCCACCCGGUCUAGGGAAUCCCCCACUAACAGUGCCUCCGUCUUAUCUGGACUGUGCUUCAGUUUGUUGGCUCUCAUCCUGUCCAUUACCCAGGCAAGACACUGGUCCAGCACUUCCACUGCCUCACCUGCAGAUGUUAAGGAGACAUAGAGCUGAGUGCCAUCAGCAUAUUGCUGACAACAUUCCCCAAACCUGCAGAUAACCCCACCCAGCAGCUUCAUUGAAACAGCCUGGGGGAUAAAAUUGACCCCUGAGGAACCCCACAUUGAAGACUCCAUGGGGCUUGUGCAUCACUCUCUGGGAAUGACCAUCCCAGUAGGACCGCGACCACCUCAGAGUAGUGCCAACCACCCCAAACUUGGACAGCCACUCCAGAAGGACACCGUGGUCGAUGGUCUCAAAAGCUGUUGAGAAGCUGAGGAGGAUUAGGAUGAUUUCCUAAGAGAUGUAAAGGCAAUAUCGUUAAGAAAUGCAUAAGAAGUGGUUAAAACUUCAUCAGAGGUGCUGAUGGAAGUCUAAAAAGAUUGGUUAUAAGGUUUUGUGGUACGUUUUAUAAUUUAUAUGUUAAAAUCAAUAAAAAUUAUCUUUAAAAAGAGAGAAAUAAGUUGAGGAGGAUUAACAGGGACAUAUUUUCCCUGCCUCUCUCCCGACGGAGGGCAGUUUCUGUGCCAAAACCGGGCCUAAACCCCGACCGAAAUGGAUCUAGAAAAUCAGUUUCCUCCGAGAGUGUCUGGAUCUGGUCCACAAGCACCCGCUUAAGAACCUUGCCCAAGAAGGGGAGAUGAGCUGUUGGCUAGUAGUAACUUAGAUUUUCCAGAUCUGGAGGGGCAGUUCUUGAGAAGUGGUCUUAUUCAUUCAACUUGUUUUUAUUAUUGCUUGUUAGCCGCCCUGAGCCCGGCCUUGGCUGGGGAGGGCGGGGUAUAAAUAAAAAUUAUUAUUAUUAUUAGUACCCCUCUCAGCCUCCUUCAAGCAGGCAGGGACCACCAGGAAAACAUUCAUCACCUCCCUGGCCCAGCCAGCUGUCCCUUCCCUCCUAGUUUUUAUCAGCCACGAGUGUCCAGGGCAAAAGCAGUCGCCUUGACCGAAACAAGGACUUUGUGCACAUUAUCGAGCCUUACCAACUGAAACUCAUCCAGCACAACAGGACUCAGCUGUGCUCUGGACACCCCAGGAGAUAAAUCUGCUGUCACAGCAGAGUCAAGAUCCCAGUGGAAGGAGCGUCUCCACCCCCAUCGUUCUGCCCGGACACUGAGGUCCAAUGCCGAGGGCCUUCUGGCGGUUCCCUCAUUGCGAGAAGCAAAGCUACAGGGAACCAGGCAGAGGGCCUUCUCGGUGGUGGCGCCCACCCUGUGGAACUCCCUCCCACCAGAUGUCAAAGAGAAAAACAACUACCAGACUUUUAGAAGACACCUGAAGGCAGCCCUCUUUAGGGAAGCUUUUAAUGUUUGAUGCAUUAUUGUAUUUUAAUAUUUUGUUGAAAGCCGCCCAGAGUGGCUGGGGAAGCCCAGCCCGAUGGGCAGCGUAUAAAUAAUAAAUUAUUAUUAUUGUUGUUAUAGAUGACGCAAACGAUUCUAUCCUCAAAAUGCUUUGCAAAAAAAAAGUCACAGCAAGUUCUGCCACCUCCUUCGGAUGGGAAGCAGCUGAGAGUUUAGGUGCCGUCGCUGGAAGGCGCUGCCUUCUGUCCCCUCAUGGCGCUUCUCCGCUAGAAAUAAGCUGGGCAGCUGGCAGUUCCUAGACUAGGUGAUGGUUCUUGGGCAGACUUUGGGGCUGUGGCCACAGUGGGCAGCUGGGAGGCCCCUGUGGGAACAGGAUGCUGAACCAGAUGGGCUUUUGGUCUGAUCCAGCAGCCAAGCUCUUCUUAUUUCCUUAUGCUUGGGCUACAGCUUGCAGCUCACCUCUUGCAAAGUGCAUCUUGUUUUUUUGGCACCCCGCUCUGUCUGCCUUUUCUGGAAGCCCUGGAGACACUAAUAAUAAUAAUAAUAAUAAUAAUAAUAAUAUUUUUUAUUUUUACCCCGCCCUCCCCAGCCAAGACUGGGCUCGGGGCAGCUAACACCAGAUAUAAAACAAUUGAUUAAGAUACAACUUUAAAACAAGAUUAAAAUACAACAUUAAUAUGCAGCCUCAUUUCAAUAGAAACUCAAAUCAGAAACUUUUUGGGGAUGAAAACAUCAAAUCUUCCCUAAGGCCAACUAUCCAGACUGGUCCUGCGUGGGCCAGAAAAAGCCAGGGAAGUCCCCAAAUAGGAGUUCCAUCACAGAAGGAAAAAGGAAAGAGGGGGAGGGGAUCAAGUUGAUUCCAAGCCAAAGGCCAGGCGGAACAACUCUGUCUUGCAGGCCCUGUGGAAAGAAAUCAGAUCCUGCAGGGCCCUGGUCUCAUGAGACAGAGCGUUCCACCAGGCCGGAGCCAUCACUGAGAAGGCCCUGGCUCUGGUUGAAGCCAAUCUAACUUCCUUAAGGCCCAGGACCUCUAGGGUGUUGCUAUUUAUGGACCUUAAGGUCCUAUGCAGGGUAUACCGGGAGAGGCGGUCCCGUAGGUACGAGGGUCCUAGGCCAAUAUAGAUCAGACGUAGGCAUGGGAUCAAUUUAUUUCUUCCAUUUCAUCAAAUUGGUUGGGGUUUUUUAUUAUUAUUAUUUUUUGCCAAGUGAAACGCCAAAGCCUUGCCCUCUUUCCUUGGCAAAUCCAUGUGGGUUUGGCAACACAGAUUAAUAUGCUAACUUGCCUGGCUCUCUGGAACUGGGUGUGGGCUGAGAAAAAUAAGAACAGGUUUUUCCCUCUGGAUGGGGCCGGGAAGAGCAGCUGUGGGGCGGAAGAGUCUUGCGUAGCGGUGGUUUGUUUCGCUCAGACGCCUUCCGAAAGGAGUUUCGGCGCAUGCCGUGUGCCAGGGAACCCGGGGCAAACGCAGUGGCUAAUUUCACACUCGUGCCUCUUGCAGUGGCUACGGAGCUAUUGCGUGCCAUCCUUCUGCUGGGCUCCAGAAAAGCACUUUGUGUCUUGAGAACGUGUUUGGGGGGGUGUUAAAUCUAUUGACGAAACGUCUAUCCUGUUCUGAUUUGGGGGUUCCCAGUGGUUCCCCCUCCUUGCUGCCAAUCAGAUCCUGGCUUACUUAACUUCAGCAAUCCAACAGCAUUCAUUUAUUUCCCAUGGAAUCGUAGAAUUGUAGAGUGGGGACACAAAGGGCCAUCUGGUCCAACCCAUGCUUUAUUUAGCAGAAUUUGCAUCCUGCUUAAUUUGUAAACAAAACUUCUUAAUUGGUCCUCCCUGUGGACUUUAUUUUGGAAAAAAGAGACCCAGGGUUCAGACCCUGCCUGGAGGCCGCACUCAGCGAUCAGGCAGACCUUCUCCCAAAUUCUGAAUAUUUGGAAACUUCACAGCAAAGAAGGGAAAGGCACUCUGCACGUCCCUAGAAGCUCGUUUACCUGCAACCUGGGCAAUUACCACAUGCCCUGCAGCCCUGAGCCUGCCAUGGGAGGAGGCAAGCCUCAAAGCUGCCACUUUAAUGACAGGUAACAAAGAAGACCAGUGUGCAGCUCUGAGCUGUGCUUGCCCUAUUUCUGCAGGCUGCGGCUGCAUCCAGGUUAGACUGCUACAAAGCACUGUGCCUGGGGCUGCUUUUGAAGACGGUUCAGUAACCUCGGUUCAUGCAGAAUGUGGCCAUUUAGAUGCCUAUUUCGGGCCCAAUCUCAUUGCACCAAUAUUCUUUUUUAUUGGUUUUUUAUUUGUUUCCAAGGGAUGCGGGUGGCGCUGGGGGUUAAACCACAGAGCCUAGGGCUUGCCAAUCAGAAGGUCGGCGGUUCAAACCCCCGCGACGGGGUGAGCUCCCGUUGCUCGGUCCCUGCUCCUGCCAACCUAGCAGUUUGAAAGCAUGUCAAAGUGCAAGUAGAUAAAUAGGUACCGCUCCGGCGGGAAGGUAAACGACAUUUCCGUGUGCUGCUCUGGUUCGCCAGAAGCGGCUUAGUCCUGCUGGCCACAUGACCCAGAAGCUGUACGCCGGCUCCCUCGGCCAAUAAAGCGAGAUGAGCGCCGCAACCCCAGAGUCGGUCAUGACUGGACCUAAUGGUCAGGGGUCCCUUUCCCUUUAUUUGUUUCCAACUCAUGAUGAUAUUGAGAUACACACACACUCCACACCCCUUUAUAAAGCUCUAAAUUCCCGCUAUGGGGAAUACUGUCCCCUGGGGAGUGAUGGUAGUGGCAUUUCCUGGUGCAAAGAGACGGCAGAGAUGUAAAUGAGUAUCAGACUUUGACAAGUUGUGUCAAGUUCUCCAGUUGAAUUCAUUAAACUACAUAGUUUUAAUGGGAUGUUGAAUAAAUGUGCAAUUAAUUGUUGCUAUUUUGAAUCAUUCUGUGCUACUGACUUCCUUAGUGGGUCGAGUCAACUGUGGCUCCUGGUUCCAGAAGAGGAUUGUUGUUGAAUUUGACCAAACUGCGGAAGGCAGUGGAAGACAGAAGUGCCUGGCGUGCUCUGGUCCAGGGGGUCACAAAGAGUCGGACAUGACUAAACAACUAAACAACAACAACACUAUCAAAUUUAUAUACCGCCCUAUACCUGGGAGUCUCAGGGUGGUUCACAGAAUAAAAUCAAGAUAUAAAACCAUUAAAUGCCUAAUAAAAAUAAAAGCAACAACCCAAUAGCCCCCUCCCCAAAAACAGGGCAUAGGAUGUAAAUCAGAUCAACCAAAGGCCUGGUUAAAAAAGAACGUUUUUGCCUGGCGCCUAAAGCUGUAUAAUGAAGGUGCCAGUCAAAUUUCCCUGGGGAGAGCAUUCCACAGAUGGGGAGCCACUGCAGAGAAGGCCCCGUUCUCAUGUUGCCACCCUCCGGACGUCUCGAGGAGGCGGCACACAAAGGAGGGCCUCAGAAAAUGAUCUCAGGGUCUGGGUAGGUGCAUAUGGAAAGAGGUGGUCCUUGAGGUAUUGCGGUCCUGCGCUGUUUAAGGCUUUAUAUUCGAAACCAGGGCUGUGAAUUGGGCCCAGUAGGUUUGGCUUCAUGGGGACACGACUCCUGUUCCAGUUUGGGCUGCUACUUGCCGGGGGGGCACAAUAGCACCAGUUGGCAGAGUCACAUCAGAGCCUGGCCGCUGGCAGGUAGUAGCUGUGGGCAACCAAACAGCAAGCUUGUUUGCCUUCCCCAAAACAAUGUUUUAAAUAAUAUAUUUUUCUUAAAUUGCGGUGCCCAGAACUGGACACAGUAUUCCAGGUGUGGCCUGACCAAGGAAGAAUAGAGUGGGACUAUUCCUGGACUAUGGACUUCUGUUGAUGCAGCCUAGAAUAGCGUUAGCUUUUCUUGCUGCUGCAUCACGCUGUUGACUCAUAAUAAUAAUAAUAAUAAAUUUAUUAUUUAUACCUUGCCCAUCUGGCUAGGUUUCCCCAGCCACUCAGGGCGCCUUCCAACAAAAGAUUAAAAAUACAUUAAAACAUCACCUAUGGUUUUCCCAGUAGUGAUGUAUGGAAGUGAGAGCUGGACCAUAAAAAAGGCUGAUCGCCGAAGAGUUGAUGCUUUUGAAUUCUGGUGCUGGAGGAGACUCUUGAGAGUCCCAUGGACUGCAAGAAGAUCAAACCUCUCCAUUCUGAAGGAAAUCAGCCCUGAGUGCUCACUGGAAGGACAGAUCCUGAAGCUGAGGCUCCAAGACUUUGGCCACCUCAUGAGAAGAGAAGACUCCCUGGAAAAGACCCAGAUGCGGGGAAAGAUGGAGGGCACAAGGAGAAGGGGACGCCAGAGGACGAGAUGGUGGGACAGUGUUCUCGAAGCUACCAGCAUGAGUUUGACCAAACUGCGGGAGGCAGUGGAAGACAGGAGUGCCUGGCAUGCUCUGGUCCAGGGGGUCAGGAAGAGUCGGACAUGACUAAAUGACUAAACAACAACAACAACAACAACAACAACAACAACAAAUUAAAAACUUCCCUAAACAGGGCUGCCUUCAGAUGUCUUCUAAACGUCAGAUAGUUGUUUAUUUCUGUGGUGUUUUGAGACACACACCCUCCGAUUCGUGGGACAGAAUUGUGCCACGCAAGAUAGGCCCCUGAACAUCACCGGGUACCUCUGCAGCUCCCAUUGCCGCAGCGAGGUCAGAUGAAACCAAGGCGCUCCACUACCUGAGCUAUCGUGAUGUGGAGACCAGUGUAGCCGCUGACAGGUGGCACAUUUGGUACAUGACCCAGGUUCGGUGUGGCCUGCCCCCAAAGCAGAAGCCUUUCUGAGAGUAAGGUGUGGUGAAUUCGCCCCGGUCAGGAGUGAAUAAGAGGGAAGCUUGCAAACAGCCAGAGGCUAAGGAAGAGGAGAAGGGAAAGGAGACAAGAACCAAACAGGUGAGCAGAGCUGGGUGAGGUCCCUGGGGGGAAGUUGUCGCCCUGGGUCAAAGAGAAGGCAGUCAGAGAUCCCAAGAACAAAGUGCCGACAAAGGAGGAGAAGCUGGAGUUUUUGACAGUAGCCAUGAACCAGGAUGAGGGAUGAGGGACACGGGUGGCGCUGUGGGUUAAACCACAGAGCCUAGGACUUGCCGACCUUCAAUCAGAAGGUCGGCGGUUCGAAUCCCCGCGAUGGGGUGAGCUCCCGUUGCUCGGUCCCUUCUCCUGCCCACCUAGCAGUUCAAAAGCACGUCAAAGUGCAAGUAGAUAAAUAGGUACCGCUCCGGUGGGAAGGUAAAUGGCGUUUCCAUGCACUGCUCUGGUUCGCCAGAAGCGGCUUAGUCAUGCUGGCCACAUGACCCGGAAGCUGUACGCUGGCUCCUUUGGCCAGUAAAGCGAAAUGAGCGCCGCAACCCCAGAGUCGGCCACGACUGGACCUAAUGGUCAGGGAUCCCUUUACCUUUACCUUAUGAACUGGGAUGAUGGGCCUUGCAUCUUUCCCCCUGCCCCCAUCAAACAAAAUUUAUUUACAUGUAAAACAAACAUGUUAUUUGAAGUACCAUCAAAAAACUAAAAAUGCAGUCUAGCCCUUCCCCACCUCCUCAGUCACCAGAAGCCGUAUUUACACAAUUGUUCACAAAUUGAGAGUAAAGGACCUACCAUGUACAAGAAAAGAACCAAUCUUAAUCUCAGGUGAAGCACCUACACCUGAGAUUAAUAGGUUUGAUUCUUUCCUAUUUUCUGUUUGUCUUUACAAUACUGAAAGAUGUAGGGUAUUGUGAACAAAUAAAUGCACACCGCGGUCCUCUGUGUAAUUUCCCUGGCUUUUGUGGGUUUGUGUAUCGUCUGGUGAGUCCUCAUUAGCCUGGUGCAAAGCAUGAAAGUUGGAAGUGAGAGCUGGACCAUAAAGAAGGCUGAUCGCUGAAGAAUUGAUGCUUUUGAAUUCUGGUGCUGGAGGAGACUCUUGAGAGUCCCAUGGACUGCAAGAAGAUCAGACCUCUCCAUUCUGAAGGAAAUCAGCCCUGAAGAUCCUGAAGCUGAGGCUCCAAGACUUUGGCCAGCUCAUGAGAAGAGAAGACUCCCUGGAAAAGACCCUGAUGCUGGGAAAGAUGGAGGGCACAAGGAGAAGGGGACGACAGAGGAGGAGAUGGUGGGACAGUGUUCUGGAAGUGACCAGCAUGAGUCUGACCAAACUGUGGGAGGCAGUGGAAGACAGGAGUGCCUGGCGUGCUCUGAUCCAGGGGGUCACGAAGAGUCCGACACGACUAAACGACUAAACAACAACAACAAAGCAUGAAGUUGCCGAAGCUGUGUCAGAUUCUGGUCAAGCUCUCGCUCUACUGACACUUCACCAACACCCUCAUCCCAUGUUCGAAAUUAGCUAGGCGCCAGGCACAUUUUGCACCCAGCUUUCGACCACAAUCUGCACAAUCGGAAUGAAUUUCAGGAACCACAACGCAGGAGCAGCCACCAUUAUGAAAAAGAGGUUGGAGUCCCUGUUUCAAGCGACUUUUCUUCUUUUAAGUUCUCAAAGCUCUUUACCUGACUCAAGGUUGUCACCUCUGUCACCUGAACUAGCAAGAUGUUUUUAACUGAGAAUCUAUCACAGUCAUUCCAUCAUUUGAAAAACUAAGACUUGAGAGCUGUCGUGCCUGAAAAAGGCAACUAGGCAUUCUGUUUUGGCAACUCCAACCUUGGUUUAAGGAGCCAUUUGGCACCUAGAUUAUAUAUCUGUGUUUCUAAGACUGCCUUCAUUCGCACCAUCAUUCCAUCCGUUAUCUUCAUAAUAUGGGCCUUUAUCUGUCUGGCAAGACCUCUGGAUCGACAAAGCCUUCUGUAGGUUCCUCUUCUCCAUCAUCCUGCUGGCGAUCGUGUUCUUCUGGAGACCCUCGGCCAUCAACCAAAGAGAUUUGGAGCAGAAUCCACCAAGUUCUCUGUUGCAAGCGCUACUGUGGGCCUGUGCAGAAGAUCUCAUCGGACGUAGAGGACCUGGGAAGGCUGCCGAGCGCAGGAUAAAUGUUGGCUGGGAGGAAAGUCACCUUCCCAUCGCAAUAACAGCCUCACACAACUGAACUGGAGUGAAGACAUCGCAGCCAGGACCCUAGUUUACCUCGAGGAAGAUGUUUCAGUUCAGAAACCCCCAUCGUUCUACUCGGACACUGAGGUCCAGCGCUGAGGGCCUACUGGCGGUUCCCUCACUGAGAGAAGCCAAGUUACAGGGAACCAGGCAGAGGGCCUUCUCGGUGGUGGUGCCCACCCUGUGGAAAGCCCUUCCACCAGAUGUCAAAGAGAAGAACAACUACCAGACUUUUAGAAGACAUCUGAAGGCAGCCCUGUUGAGGGAAGCUUUUAAUGUUUAGUGCAUUCCUGUAUUUUAAUAUUUUGUUGGAAGCCGCCCAGAGUGGCUAGGGAAACCCAGCCAGAUGGGCAGGGUAUAAAUAAUAAAUUAUUAUUACUAUAUUAUUAUAAUGCUCUUCAUCACCUUUUCUCUCUCUAACAUGUGGAACGAGUAACGCCUCCCUCUAAAUUUGCUGAGGCUGUUUUGGGUGCCCUUCCAUCUUCCGUUCUGUGGGCAUGACCAAACCAGCGUAGACGUGGCUGAGACAGGAGUGCAAACCGGAUCGGAAUGUCAGCUUGGGAGAGCACAUUUUUGCUUGGAGUUGUGUCCUGCCGUGCAAUGCUCAAAAUCCUGACGCAUCGCUCCUGGCCGUUGCAGCUUGCCUGCGACUCACUUCCAUAAAGCAGCGUGCUCAAUGCACAAGUCUGGCAGACCUUAGAUGUUAGCAUCACGUUCUCCCACACCCUUUCGGAGAGGCGAGUCAUUGCUGGGGCCGCCUUGCCAAUAUGCAUAUCCAGCUCAGCGUCAAUGGAGAAUUUCCUGGUUAUGGUACAGCCCAAGCAGGCAGGAUCCCAAAGGAUAUGCUGUACGAACAGCUGGCUUCAGGCACCAGGCCUGUUGGCAGACCAACUUUACAAAGAUGUCUGUAAACAGGACACGAAGGCCCUUGAGGAUGGCUAAUGGCUUGGCUUCUCUGCAUCCCGGGUGGAGGAAAGGAACCCCAAUUUCCUUCUUUUAAGCUGCAACAAAAAUUGGGGAAGAGAAGGGGCAGCCUGGCCUACAUUGCAUGCUGUUUUGCCUUGCAAUCCCUUACAAAAAGUAUAAUUAAAGGAAUAAUUCAUUUCCCCCUCUCUUUUAGCUGCUGAUUACAAAGCAGAGGAGAAAAUGAGCUCCUAGGAGAGGGGAAGGUCAGGGUUGUGCCUCCAGCUCAGUCCUCAGGGCUUAAGGUGAGCUCAGGGGUCAGAUCAACAACCUGUUUGUUUUUCCGUGAGGGAGGCAAAGGCGUCACCAGGGAGGAACGCCCUCUGAGCAUGUGCAGAAUACCGUCUCCUUCUCAUUGAAGGGUAGAAUAUUCAGGGCACGAUCAAAGAAAGAAAGAGCUUUUCAUGUGUCACAGAGUUAAACUACGGAACUCCCUGCCACAGGAGGCAGCGAUGGCCGCCAAUUCGGAUGGGUUUAAAAGAGUAGUGGAUAGUUUCACAGAGGAGAGGGCUACUGAGGGCUCCUAGCCAGAGGCAACCAUGCUUCUGAAUACCCAUUGAAAACCGCAGGAGGAGACAGUUGCCUUGUGUUCGAAUCCUGCUGACAUCGGGGCAUCUGGUUGGCUAUUGUGAGAGCAGGAUGCUGGCCUAGAUGGGCCAUUGAUCUGAUCCAGUAGACUAGCUGGAGAACUCUAGUUUUCCUUUAAAAAACAAUAUUAUUUAUAUGGUUUUUCAAAUUAAAAUUUUACAGAGAUAUAUCAAACAUAAAUCAUAAAAACAAGAUUCCAAGGAAUCUUCCAUCCUCUCCUUUGUGGGUCCUGUUAUUAAUCAUUUCCUUCAGCAUCUUUUAUGACACGCCAAAUCUUUUACAUCUCUAUUAUAUCCAGAAUUCACCCUUAAAAACUACAAGGGAUAUUCCAAUCCUACUAACGAUUUUAACUGUCUGCAAUGGUCUUUAGGGCGCGGGUGGCGCUGUGGGUUAAACCACAGAGUCUAGGACUUGCCGAUCAGAGGGUGGCGGUUCGAAUCCCCGUAAUGGGGAACGGGGUGAGCUCCCGUUGCUCAGUCCCAGCUCCUGCCAACCUAGCAGUUCAAAAGCACACCAGUGCAAAUAGAUAAAUAGGUAAGAUAAACGGCAUUUCCGUGCGCUGCUCUGGUUCGCCAGAAGCGGCUUAGUCCUGCUGGCCACAUGACCUGGAAGCUGUAUGCCGGCUCCCUUGGCUAGUAAAGCGAGAUGAGCGCCGCAACCCCAGAGUCAGCCACGACUGGACCUAAUGGUCAAGGGUCCCUUUACCUUUACCUUUAAUGGUCUUUAAGAUAAGUUACAAAUUUCCCCCAUUCCUUAUUGGAAUUUUGGUAUUCCUGAUUUCUGAUUCUUCCGGUCAUUUUAACAACAACAACAACAACAAUAAUUUAUUAUUUGUACCCCGCCCAUCUGGCUGGGUUUCCCCAGCCACUCUGGGCGGCUUCCAACAAAGAUUAAAAGGUACAUCAAAAUGUCACACAUUAAAAACGUAGUCAUUUCAGCAUAGUCCACCUGCCAUUCUUAUAGGGUAGGGACUUUGUCUUCUUCCCAUCUCUUUCCAGCAGACUAUUCUUAGUUUUUUAUGAGGUCAGGAUGCCGGACUAAUGGGCCCCCAUUGGCCUGACCGGCACCCAGCAACACUUAUUAUGUUCUUACGUCACGAUGUUAUUGUGCAACUGACGCCCUCGUGUUUGGGACCCUGGGAGGCCUCUAAAAUCGGCGGUUUGUCAUUUCCAGACUGGUUUGGCAGGUGUGCAGGAUGCGAUCUGCCUUGGGAAAUGGGGUGUCCCUUUUAUUGUUGGUGGUGCUGGGGGUGGAGGAACUGGGAGAGAGGUUUAGGGCUGGCUCCGUCCUUGCCUGAACUGGUUCCCUGGGCAUUACAAAAUGGAUUUGGCACUUUGCCCGGGGAAUCUCUCCUCCUAGACAAAGGGCUCUCUUUUGUAGAGAGCAACGCUUUGCAGGCAGAAUUGGGCUGCCAGAUUCCUUCCUGAUUAAGGAUGGCCUCUUGGGAGAAAUCUGGCUGCACCCCGUCUCCCAGAUCCCCAAUUUUGUCCUUUACUUAUUUAUCUAUGUUAAUGGAAAAAUCUGAGGGCUCCCUUGGACAAAAAACAAAGACACCAACCAGGAUUACUUGGAGCAAAACUGCAGCCUGUAGGCUUGGCCUUUAUUGAUCUGUUGCAACAGGGUGCUCCCCUCACCUCAGCGGCGUAGCAUGGGUUGUCAGCACCCGGGGCAAGGCAAGUAAUUUGCGCCCCCUAACCCGGGGCAAGGCAAGUAAUUUGCGCCCCCUAACCCCUAACCUGCCGCCGCUGCCAGCUUCUUCUUGCUGCUGCCUGGGCUGGUCUGGUGUGGUUCUCUCCCGCGCUCAGCGCUGCGCUGGGCGGCCGCUGCACUGUCCCCCCCCAGAUAGUCCCUCGCUCUCUCUCCGCACCGCACGCCUGGCACCCACCUCCUCCACAGUGGGCGGCGACCCGGCGGCUCGGAUCGGAUUCGCACAGCCAGCACUGCAGUGAGAGAGAGGGAGUGAGCCAGGUAGGGGCAGAGAGCUGCGAGUGCGAGCGCGCCCCCCCAGAUGUUGCGCCCGGUGCGGCCGGGCCCCCCUGCACCCCCACGCUACGCCACUGCCUCACCUGCAGCAGAGACGAGGGACCCAGAAAAAUGGUGUGCCAGCCCUUAUAAAGACUUUUGAAAUUGCCACCCUGUAGAUCAAGACCACCCCCAGAAACAUCAUACAUACAUCACAGAAGGGGUGUAACCUAAGACCACCCUUCAGAUACAUCACACCUACAUCACAGAAAAGGUGGUCUAAAACAGAAAUUUUAAUAUUGUUUUUUUCUCCUGUUGUUGUUUAUCUCCUGUCUGGCAAGUUACUUGACUGGAUUUCCUGGGUAGCCUGGCCAGUCUUUUGUAAUGAUAAAUACUUAGUUCCUGAGCCAGGUCACAGGCUCACACCCUAUUCAAAACACAGACAUACCCUUAAGACAGGAUUUGUGAAGGAAAAGACAAUGGGGAGGCUUUUCUAUUUUGACCUUGCAGAGAAAAGAUUUGGUCAGUUUAGGAAUCAAAAUGGUUCCAGGUUGGCCUUCCUGCGCUGAUCUAUGUAUGUGCUUGGUUGAUACACUUAUGAACAUUACCAUGUAUAAAAUUCCUAUCACAUCUAUUAAAUUGACGUUGUACCGGCCUUCAUCCAAAGCCCUCAGGGCACUUCGCAGCACGAAAUACGGAACAAAAACCACAAAGUACACAAUAAAAACAAGAACAGGAACAAAACAGUAACCCUGCCUCGCCGCAAACACAUUUAAAAGUUUCUUCCGUGAGGGCAAAUUAGAUCAGGCAUGUAAAUUGGUCUAAAUAUAUUUCCUCCACGUGUUUUUGUAAACAACAGCUGCUGCCUAAUUUAUUUAUGUAUUGCUUUUACAUCCCACUUUUUCCUCCCCUCCAAAGAGCUCAAAGUGGCAGGUACGUGGGGAUUCGAACCCAGCUCUCUCCCUGGUCCCAGCCCAGUGCCCCGACUGGUGCAAUUAGGUGGUUAGCUUUAAACUUGACUCAUCUGAGCACGCACCGAAUAAAUGUUUGCAUGUUUGCGUGCUGUAAUAUCUCCGCAAAAGUGCCUCUGAGCAACUCCUGCUGUGUUCAGUGGGACUUGCUGCCUUGCAGGUGUGUUUAGAGUUGUGGAGCUUAAACAGUGUUCAAAAAUACAACAUUGUAACCUUAAAUAUAACAAUAAAAAGGAUAAAAUGUUCAAAUGUUAAUAAAGGUACCUUCUGCAUACCUCAGCCAAUUUAAAUUACCGUAUUUUUCGCUCUAUAAGACGCACCAGACCAAAAGACGCACCUAGUUUUUGGAGGAGGAAAACAAUAAAAAAAAUAUUCUGAAUCUCAGAAGCCAAAACAGCAAGAGGGAUCGCUGCGCAGUGAAAGCAGCAAUCCCUCUUGCUGUUCUGGCUUCUGGGAUAGCUGCGCAGCCUGCAUUCGCUCCAUAAUACGCACACACAUCUCCCCUUACUUUUUAGCAGGGAAAAAGUGAGUCUUAUAGAGCAAAGAAUACGCUAUAUCAUGCCCUCUCUGAAGACCCAAAUGAGACAACAGAUAAGUUAAUAUUCUGCAUUAGGUUAUUGUAUUUUAAUAUUCUGUUGGAAGCCGCCCAGAGUGGCUGGGAAACCCAGCCAGAUGAGCGGGGUAAAAAUAAAUAAAUGAUUAUUAUUAUUAUUAUUAAUCAUACUCACGAGUUCAGUGGGGUUUUGUGACUUGUCCAUGGAUUUGAGUGGGUCUACUCUGUGGUUUAACCCACAGCAGGUGGCGCUGUAGGUUAAACCACAGAGCCUAGGACUUGCCGAUCAGAAGGUCAGCGGUUCGAAUCCUCGUGAUGGGGUGAGCUCCCGUUGCUUGGUCCCUGCUCCUGCCAACCUAGCAGUUCGAAAGCACGUCAAAGUGCAAGUAGAUAAAUAGGUACCACUCCGGCGGGAAGGUAAACAGCGUUUCUGUGCACUGCUCUGGUUUGCCAGAAGCGGCUUAGUCAUGCUGGCCACAUGACCCGGAAGCUGUACGCCGGCUCCCUCAGCCAAUAAAGCAAGAUGAGCGCCGCAACCCCAGAGUCGGCCACGACUGGACCUAAUGGUCAGGGGUCCCUUUACCUUUACUUACUGAGUCUGACUUUGGUGGCUAUCACACAAUAUUUUUUAAAAACGGAACCUUUUUCUUUUAAAUGUUUUUAGAAGAGCAUAUUGUUUUAAUUCAUUUUUUAAAAAAAUAAUAAUUUCAUUAAUCCCCUCCCAGUUUUUCUUCUGGCAACUGGUGGUGUUUUUUUUCUGUUCUACUUCAGUACUUCUGAUGUUGGCUUUAAACGCAGCCAGCGUUUGAAACGUGCGUGGAAUUGAGAAAAAGAUGUGCCGUUUGUUUAAGGAUUUGCUUAAGGAUAUUGAGUGGUGAGAAUCCUUUCUGGCAGAAAAUGCAUGUUUGCUUUUGCAUUGUCCCCUGCUGUUGGUUUACGGACAGCCCGGAGUUUUAUAGAAACUUGGUCCCUGCCCUGAGGAUCUUACAUUGAGGCAGGAGCGAAAGGAAAGAGUUGUCAGCCGGCAGACAGCGUGAGAGAAGCCGUGGUGAUGAUAAUGGAGGAUUUUGCUUCACAAUUCUUAGUUCAAGGGAGUCGUGGAAAGUGGUUGACUCUCUCCAAUUACUCAGAUAGGAGCAUACGACCAUAAGAAGAGCCUGGGUCCUGGAUCAGGCCAGGGGCACAUCUGGUCCAGACUCCUGUUCUCACAGACCCCAACCUUUAUGGGAAACCCACUCUUCCAGUUUCCAGCAACUUGAAUUCAGAAGCAUCGCUGCCUCUUUGUUGUUGUUUAGUCGUUUAGUCGUGUCUGACUCUCCGUGACCCCCUGGACCAGAGCACGCCAGACACUCCUGUCUUCCACUGCCUCCCACAGUUUGGUCACACUCAUGUUGGUAGCUUUGAGAACACUGUCCCACCAUCUUGUCCUCUGUCAUUCCCUUCUCCUUGGGCCCUCCAUCUUUCUCAACAUCAAUGUCUUUUCCAGGGAGUCUUCUCUUCUCAAGAGGAGGCCAAAGUCUUGGAGCCUCAGCUUCAGGAUCUGUCCUUCCAGUGAGCACUCAGGGCUGAUUUCCUUCAGAAUGGAGAGGUUUGAUCUUCUUGCAGUCCAUGGGACUCUCAAGAGUCUCCUCCAGCACCAGAAUUCAAAAGCAUCCAUUCUUCGGCAAUCAGCCUUCUUUGUGGUCCAGCUCUCACUUCCAUACAUCACUACUGGGAAAACCAUAGCUUGAACUAUACGGACCUUUGUUGGCAAGGUGAUGUCUCUGCUUUUUAAGAUGCUAUCGCUGCCUCUGGGAUGGACCAAAUAUUUAAAGUUUUUACAAGUAUUAUUCCUGAAUGUAUCCUUUUGACUUGACAGCUCAGGGGAGAUACCUAGCUUUAUGAAUUCGUAGAAAAUCCAUACUUUAACCGACUCUCCUCAUUCCAAUGUCAUUUUAACCCGGCUCCGACCUGGUGAAAUGCACUGUCCCACGAGACUAGGGACUUGAUCUUCUUCCGCAGGGCCUGUAAGACAGAGCUAUUCCGCCUGGCAUUCAAUUUGAAUUAGCCUGAUCCUCUACAGUCCUCAGGUUACAGAUGCUUCAGGUUGUGUUUUUUUGGGUUACGGACCGCCGUAACCCGGAAGUACCAGAAUGGGUUACUUCUGGGUUUCGGCAGUUGCGCAUGCACGGAAGCACUAAAUCGCGCUUUGUGCAUGCGCAGAAGCGCCAAAUCACAACCUGCGCAUGCGCAGACGCGGGUUGCGAAUGCUGCAGGUUGUGAACGUGCAUUCCGCACGGAUCACAUUCGCAACCCAAGCGUCCACUGUAUUCCCUUUUCCCGUUCCUCUUCUAUGAAGAAACCCUUUCUGGAACCCCAUAUUUAAAUUCUUCCCUGGUCUCCUUGCUGGCCCUUGUAGGACCAACUUGGCCAGUUAGCCCUGGUGAUGUCUACUGACUGGGAGUUUUUUUCCCUCCCAAAAAUGACCCCUGAAUUUUUGAAUUUUAUUGAUAUUGAUGCUGCAUUUUAUGUUGUGUUUUAUGCUGUUUUUAAGUCGCAUUUUAAUCAAUGUUUUAUAUUUGCUGUUAGCCACCCUGGGCCUGGUUUUUAAACCGGGAAGGGCAGGGUAUAAAUAAAAUUUUAAUAUUUAUUAUUAUAAAGAAAGGUGAAUUUGGGCUCCACCUCCCUCCAUGGACCAAGAAGCAGGAAGUCACACAGGCAGCAGGAACAGGGGACCUUGCCAUAAUUCCCCAAGCGUGAGAGCACAUACAGGGCCACCCACUGAGGGAGUGACCAAGGGGGCAAGACUGGACAUUCGCACAGGCAGUUGAGCAAGUCAGGUGUUCUGAAAGCCCAUCUCCAGACAAGUCCUGAGGGCAAGGAGAUGUCAAGAGUUUUAUUGUUCUUUCGGUGAUGGUGUUGGGAAAGGUGCCUGAUCAAGUGACCUAAUGUUGAACUUGUGUAACCCUUAUGUACCCCUCCCCAUUUGUGACAUGCUAGUGACGUAGUGAAGGGACGUGGGUGGCGCUGUGGUCUAAACCAGUGAGCCUAGGGCUUGCCGAUCAGAAGGUCGACAGUUCGAAUCCCCGCAACGGUGUGAGCUCCCGUUGCUCGGUCCCUGCUCCUGCCAACCUAGCAGUUUGAAAGCACGUCAAAGUGGAAGUAGGUAAAUAGGUACUGGUCCAGCGGGAAGGUAAACGGCGUUUCCAUGCGCUGCUCUGGUUCGCCAGAAGCGGCUUAGUCAUGCUGGCCACAUGACCCGGAAGCUGUCUGCGGACAAACGCCGGCUCCCUCGGCCUAUAGAGUGAGAUGAGCGCCGCAACCCCAGAGUCGUCCACAACUGGACCUAACGGUCUGGGGUACCUUUACUUUUUAGUGAUGUAGUGAUGAUGUAUCAGUGAUGCUGCUUGAAGUGUAUUCUGUGGGGAAGAGAGAAGUUUUAAAAGAGGCUGUCACCCCGUGUUCGGUGUUCUUACUACUGUGGGGAUCCUCAGGAUUUUUGCAUUGGGUCACCCCAAAUUCACUAUCAGAUCACAUAGCAUGUCCAUGGCUACAGCCUGCACCAAAAAAAUCACGCAUCCCCUGUUUUGUGGGGCUGCAAUGGCGCAAAAAUGUGGUUAUCCACAUGGAUUCUCAAAACACACUAUCAAAUCACAUGUUUGUGGCCACAGCAUGAACCACAAAAAUCAUACAUCCACUGUUUCAUUCAGAUUUUUUUUUUCUGGUUUUCCUCCUCUAAAAACUAGGUGCGUCUUAUGGUCAGGUGCGUCUUAUGGAGCAAAAAAUACGGUGUAAGCGGUUGACUGGCAAGGCUGGAUUCUCAGUUUGCUGCAAAACAUCCCUGGGGAGAGAGGGGUGGAGAGUGUCGGUGGGACAGGGGGUGGGCUGGGGCGGGCCAGGGGGUGGUGGGAAAGCUGGGAUGCUCUUCUAGCAGGUGGCCCGUGUCCACACACACCAACCAUGGAGUUGCUCCAUCUUCCUAGGUCCCUGCGACGCUUGGGGUGCUGGUGGCCGACAGGAUCGGGACCCCGAUUGGCAGCUGGCAUUAUGGCGAGCGAAGACAUCACCAGUGCCCAAGAUCUGUUGGACCUCAGCUUCAAGUGUGAGUGAGGGGAGCUCACCAGCAGAUUUUCAGGUUGCCUUGGGGAAGAAAUUACCCUAGAACAGAUUAUUCACCUGUUGUCCUCUGAGCAGGGAAUUGCAGCUCUGCCAGAGGAAUAGGGGGGGUCUCCUAACACCCCUCAGCGCCCUUAAGAAACUAUAACUCCCAGGAUUCCUUGAAGGAAGCCAAGUGGUAUCACAGAGCAACAAUUUCCAGAGUUGUAAACUGUCAAUCCCACUUCCCUAGGAGCUCUGGGAACAGCAGCGUGGCAGGAAUAUGGGCUUCCCUCAAAAAACUACAACUCCCAGGAUUUGGGUGGGGUGGGGAGAAGCCGUGACCGUUUAAAGUGCUACCAGAGUGCUUUAAAUGUUUGGCAUGAAUGUGGUACCAGAAGGGACCAAGGGUCUGGCUCAGUACAUUCCUAACCCGCUGUUGGCGAAAACGAUUAGGAUAAAAUUUUGGUAAAUUACGCUGAGGGAAAACAAAUAAGGACGGAAGCAGCUGGGUCUGCCUUUUGUCUCCUGCAUUUUUGGUGUCCCUGGUUUGGCUGCUAUGCUUUGGAACAUGAAGAGAGCAGGGUUUGGCUGUUUUCUCUGACCGAAGUGCAAGGGUGGGUGGGUGGGUGGGGGGUAUCGUCCUGAGCUUUUGAAAAGCGUCUCUGGCUCCCAAGCGUGUUACGUGAGCAGUUGCAAACUGGGCCUUUCCGCGGGGCGAUUAUGCAAUCUGCCUUUGGGGCUACGGCGGGCUUUGCUGAGCCCGCCCCAGGAAUGUCAAAAGAGGCUGCAGGCCAAAGACUUUGCGUUGCUCAUCUCCGCUUUGAAAUGCCCAAAUAACUUCAAAGGGAGAAAAAGACCGGAUAGUAAUAAUGAUAAUCGUAAUAAACACUCUCCAAUGCGUAUUUUGCUUUGCAAAGUAGCAGAGGAGAGUGUCCUGCUCUCCCCCCCCCCCCGGGACUUUUGCAACCUAAGAUUUGACACGGGAGGCAGGCGGUAAACAAGCAGAUUCCUUAAUCUGUCCUGGUUGCCCAAAUCAAGACACAAACACUAGAUCUCCACUCAAGCAAACAGGAAUGCCAGAGAGGGAGAGAGGAACAGAAGACACGGCUUUUCUGCUCCAAUUAGCUCAGUAUGGGCAGUUCUUUUGUCAACAGGGACAAAUGUCACGUUCUGCUUAGGCAGGAAGAACCAGGCGCACAAAUUUAGGAUGGGGACACCUGCCUCGACAGCAAUACAUUUGAAAAGGAUCUAGGGGUCUUAGUGGAACACAAGCUAAACAUCUGAAGGAGCGUCUCCACCUCCAUCAUCCAGCCCGGACACUGAGGUCCAGCUCUGAGGGCCUUCUGGCGGUUCCCUCAGUGUGAGAAGGCAAGUUACAGGGAACCAGGCAGAGGGCCUUCUCAGUGGUGGCGCCCGCUCUGUGGAACGCCCUCCCACCAGAUGUCAAAGAGAACAACAGCUUACCAGACUUUUAGAAGACAUCUGAAGGCAGCCCUGUUUAGGGAAACUUUUAAUGUUUGAUGCAUUACUGUUUUUCAAUAUUUUGUUGGAAGCUGCCCAGAGUGGCUGGGGAAGCCCAGCUAGAUGGGCGGGGUAUAAAUAAUAAAUUAUUAUUAUUAUUAAUAGUCAACAGUGUGAUGCAGCAGCAAGAAAAGCUAACACUAUUCUAGGCUGCAUCAACAGAAGUCCAUAGUCCAAGGAUAGUCCCACUCUAUUCUGCCUUGGUCAGGCCACACCUGGAAUACUGUGUCCAGUUCUGGGCACAACAAUUUAAGAAGAAUAUCGACAAGCCAGGGAACCCCAAGCAGGCACAAAAAGAGCCCUCUGCCUUGCUUUCUGGGCAAGAUCGUCUCUGCACGCUAGGGAUGCUUGCAGCAAAUCUCACACAAACUCGGACGGCCCCACAGGAUCUCACAAAAGCAUCCCAGAGCUGGUGCACUGAGCACGCCUUGCCUCCCCAAGCGAGGCAGAGAGCUUCAACGCUCUUUCUGCCCCAGCAAACCUGAAGCAGACCUGGCACAAAAAAGAGCUUUUGAACUCCCUGCCUUGCUCAGAUGCAACUUGCGCAGUUUCAGCCUCCUUGCCUGCUACCACGUAUGGUUGGAACUGCGCGAGUUAAAAGACAGUAAGGUUAUUAUUAUUAUUAUUAGAUUUAUAUACAACCCUUUUUCACAAGAUCUCAGGGAGGUUCGCAGGAUAAAAAAUAUAUAAAGCAACAAAACAAUACCCCCCAGAAACACAUUGAAAGGGCAGUAGAAUGUUAGCCUUAUAAAACCCCAAAAUACAAAAUAACAUACAAAAGGUAAAGGGACCCCUGACCAUUAGGUCCAGUCGUGGCCGACUCUGGGGUUGCGGCGCUCAUCUCGCUUUACUGGCCGAGGGAGCCGGCGUACAGCUUCUGGGUCAUGAGGCCAGCAUGACUAAGCCGCUUCUGGCGAACCAGAGCAGCGCACGGAAACGCCGUUUACCUUCCCACCGGAACGGUACCUAUUGAUCUACUUGCACUUUGAUGUGCUUUCGAACUGCUAGGUUGACAGGAGCAGGGACCGAGCAACGGGAGCUCACCCCAUUGCGGGGAUUCGAACCACCGACCUUCUGAUCGGCCAGUCCUAGGCUCUGUGGUUUAACCCACAGCGCGAACAAUUUAAAAAUACAAAAGUGUGUGUGUAAGCCACUUUGCUCAGGCUCUGCCAUGAAAAGUGACUCAGAAAUAUUUUUUAAAAGCACACAUACAUUCAGUAUUGCAUCGCCUGCUGGUGUGUGUUGCUCUAUGGGAGCAAACGCCUGCCCUUUUUAAUUUUAAUUUUCUUCACUUGGCAACUGGCCCGGCAUUUCAUAGCCGCGAGCAAAGCGGGGCUCUUUGCCAGGACGUCCUGGGCUUGUCUUGACAUUCCUGCGGCAUUUUCGGCCGAACCCUUUGUAGCCCGCUGAGCCUGCCCAGGAGGCAGGUGGCGUAAUGGCCCCGUGGCAAACGGGUGAGGAAACAAGGAGGGCUGGGCCCGCACUGCAGGGCCAGCGUGCUUAUGUGAGCGGGCGCCAGGCUUGAUCCUGCUCCAUGGGCCUCCCUUCCCUGGGGGGUGCCCUAGAGGGCUUUCCGGGGAAAAUGGGUGACACCUGCUAGGAAUUUUGCAGCCUGGUGGCUGAGGAGUGUUUCUGUGUGUAUCUGCUUGGAUCUCAUAUGCUACAGCACCGUAAAGUGCCAAGCCCCUAUGGCAGCUAAAAAAAACAUUGGAGGGAAAUCUGGUUCCCCCAGAUCCUUAGCGGAACUAUUUAUUGGUUUAUUACAUUGUCGUCCCACCUUCCAGCUCAAAAGUGGUGCACACAGCUCCCUCCCUUCCCGUUUCGUCCUCACACAACAACCCUGCGAGGGAGGUGAGGCUGAGGGAGGCAGCGACUGGCCCAAGGGGACACCCAGUGCGCAUCAUGCAAACGAGUGGGAAUUCGAACCCAGGCCUUUGCCAUACCCUACUCCGGUAAUCCAGAUCCAUUUAAACAGAAAUCCUAAAUAGGAUCCUGGUAGGCUGUCCAGUGGGAUGCGGGUGGCGCUGUGGGUUAAACCACAGAGCCUGGGACUUGCCGAUCAGAAGGUCGGCGGUUCGAAUCCCUGCAACAGGGUGAGCUCCCGUUGCUCGGUCCCUGCUCCUGCCAACCUAGCAGUUCGAAAGCACAACAAAGUGCAAGUAGAUAAAUAGGUACCACUCUGGCGGGAAGGUAAACGGCGUUUCCAUGUGCUGCUCUGGUUCGCCAGAAGCGGCUUAGUCACGCUGGCCACAUGACCCAGAAGCUGGAUGCCGGCUCCCUCGGCCAAUAAAGCGAGAUGAGCGCCGCAACCCCAGAGUCGGUCACGACUGGACCUUUACCUUUACCUAGGCUGUCCAGUAUUUUGUGUUCGCGUUUUCUGUUUGUUCCACCCACAUGUCAGGGCCAAAAUUCUUGCAAAAAAAGGGAAUACGGUAGAUCGUAGAAUCAUAUAAUUAUAUAAUAAUUUAUUAUUUAUACCCCGCCCAUCUGGCUGAGUUUCCCUAGCCACUCUGGGCGGCUCCCAAUCAAGUGUUAAAAAAAUACAGUAUUAAAUAUUAAAAACUUCCCUAAACACAGGUGCCUUCAGAUGUCUUCUAAAGAUAAGAUAGCUGCUUAUUUCUUUGACAUCUGCUGGGAGGGCGUUCCACAGGGCGGGUACCACCACCGAGAAGGCCCUAUGUCUGGUUCCCUGUAACCUCACUCAUCGCAGUGAGGGAACCGCCAGAAGGCCCUCGGAGCUGGACCUCAGUGUCCGGGCAGAACGAUGGGGUGGAGAUGCUCCUUCAGGUAUACUGGGCCUUUGAGGCCGGUUAGGGCUUGAAAGGUCAGCACCAACACUUUGAAUUGUGCUCGGAAACAUACUGGGAGCCAAUGCAGAUCUCUCAGGACUGGUCCUGGCGGCCGCUCCCAGUCACCAGUCUAGCUGCCGCAUUCUGGAUUAAUUGCAGCUUCCGGGUCACCUUCAAAGGUAGCCCAACAUAGAGCGCAUGUCAGUAGUCCAAGCGAGAGAUAACUAGAGCAUGCACCACUCUGGCCAGACAGUCUGUGGACAGGGAGGGUCUCAUCCUGCGUACCAGAUGAAGCAGGUAAACAGCUGCCCUGGACACAGAACUGACCUGUGCCUCCAUGGACAGCUGGGAGUCCAAAAUGACUCCUAGGCUGCGCACCUGGUCCUUCAGGGGCACAGAUACCCCAUUCAGGACCAGGGAAUCCUCCACUCCUGCCCGCCUCCUGUCCCCCAAAAACAGUCCUUCUGUCUUGUCAGGAUUCAGCCUCAAUCUGUUAGCUGCCAUCCAUCCUCCAACCGCCUCCAGACACUCACACAGGACCUUCACCGCCUUCACUGGUUCUGAUUUGAAAGAGAGGUAGAGCUGGGUAUCAUCUGCAUAGAAUUAUAAGGGCCCACAAGCGUUAUCUAGUGCAACCCCUUGCAAUGUGGGAAUAUUUUGCCCCACGUAGGGCACGAACCCACAACCCAGAGUCUCGUGCUCUAUCAAUUGGUGUUCUCCUUCCUGGGGCAGGAGCAGGGAGCGCUUGGGGGGGCCUGGGGGCCGCAAUCCCUUCUGGGGGCCGCAUGUGAAUGGUAGGCGGGGCCAAAUGGACAAAAGCAACACCUGUGGAUUUUCUGCCUUGCCCAGUAGGCUAGGCUCUCUACAUGCGCUCACAUCAUCUCAGCAGGGCUGGCUGGUGGGGGGGGAGGGCGGCUAAGGAGAGGUCCAAGGGCCAGUCAGAGAGCUGUGUCUGGCCCUCGGGGGUGAGGGGCAUCUUGGACCACCGCAGCCGCUUAGGAGCUAGCCCUGCUCUGAACAUCUCUGGGUCCAGGCAACCUUCGUGAACCAAGUGUCUUGGUUCCUUGGCUUUGAAAAUGUUAGAGUUUUAGAGUCGGGGGGGGGACACCCCAGAGGUCAUCUAGCCCAACCCGCUUCCCAGGCAGAGACCUGCCUCUCCUCUCCCUCUCUUACCCUCCUCUCUCACAUUCCCCACCACAGCUCUGGCCUCGAAGCACAUGGACCUGAAGCAGUUGGAACUGGACACGGCGGUGGCCAAAGUGGACGAGCUCUCCAAGCAACUGGAGUCCCUCUGGACAGAGAACCCGGCCCAACCUCUUGGGCAACUCAAGGUGCGGAGGCAGCAAAGGAGCCUUGGGGGGGCGGUCCUGGAACCAGCAUCCAUCCAAUAAACUUUAGAUGAUCCCCAGGGCUAGCUGGCUAAAUUAGUCCUGUAGGAGGUGAGGACAGGUGACCCCACCUAGGCCCGAAGUCACCCCCCACCAAAGCAGGCUCAAAGCUUCUCAAAGCUUUUCAAAAUUAUUUUCUCAGCAGCUAAGCAUCAGAAACAUUCCACUCUGCUGUAACAAAGGUAGAGAACAGUCCAUUGUUUCUCAGGCCUUUCUCAGAGCCUUUGGCCUUGCUAAAGAACCACAUUGCAACUUGCUUUCUGUCCGGGAACCAUGCCAGAACAAGAGAUUCAAACAUAUCUGAUACACUCUGAAACCCCUUUCCUGGGAAGGGUGCCAAGAGUCCACAAUAGUCCCAAGACAGCUUUCUGUACAUGCUCAGGAACCUCAACAUGGGGCAGGACUCCUGAGGGAGGAGAAAGGAGGAGGGAACUGGAAAGGGGUAUAUAUGCUUGUGCACAUGACUGUGAACUCGUGCAUGCUUUUUGUGACUUAUCACACUUGCUCCUUCUACCAGUUCAUGGAUGGUAGAAACAAAACCUUUUUCUCCGAAACUAUUCCUUGAGUGUCUGUUGACUCCCACUUCCCUUUCCCGGGCGCAAUAUUUUUCCCACCCGAGGGCAAAGCCUCAUAAGGCUACAGUCCUAUUUGGGCCAGCGAGGAGACCAGGGGAGAAUUAGCUGUGGGGUCUCAGAGCGGGUAAUCUUCAUAAAAAGGGGAGGGGGACGGAAGGAAGGGGAAUAAAAGAUCAGGCUAAGUUCAAGUUGAAAGCCAGGCGGAAUAGCUCUGUCUUACAGGCCUGACGGAAGGAGGUUAAAUCCUGCAGGGUCCUAGUCUCCUGGAACAGCAUUCCACCAGGUCGGAGCCAUCACUGAGAAGGCCCUGGCCCUGGUGGAGGAUGGUCUGACUUCCUUAGGGCCCAGGACCUCUAAACUAUGAUUAUUCAUGGACCUUAAGGUCGUCUGCAAAGCCGAGUGAUAGCUUGCGGUUGCAUGAUAGAAUUAAUGCAUUGAAAGAAUUCUUGCUGGUACUUCAUUUCAUGAACAUCACAGCAAAAUACAGCGGCCUCUUCUGGAUGCUCUUGCAAAUAUCUUCAAGAGAAGCCAGUUGUUGGGGAAUUGGAGGUGGGGAGACACCAAACAGGGUCCCCACAAGCAGCCUUGUGGGGAGAGCUUGCUUGCCAACCAAGUCCCGCAACCCUGGCCUGUGGCUGCCAGCUCUUAUUUUGCCAGGCCUGGCAGGGGGGUCAUUGUGGAGUCACCCCCCAAUCUCCUUUCUCUGUUCCUGGCAGGCUAUGGAGAGAUUCAGCACCAGCCCCUCCCACGAGUUGCUGGGCAGGAUGAGUCCCAUCGCCCCCUCCCCGCUGCCCCUCUUCCCCCGCAAGAGCCUGUCAUCGGAGACCACGGAGAGCGCCCACUAUUCCUUUGGGGAAGCGGCGCCAGGAUUCGCACACAGCUCCACCUACGGCUCGCCGUCCCCCAGCCAGCUCCUUGCACCCAGAUCCCCGCUGGGCCGCCCCACCUCUCCGCGGCCGUCCCUCUUCCUCCAGCCAGAGGUGGACCGGGCACUGCCGCCCCCCAGGCCCAAGGUGCUGCCUGUACCCUACGAGACGGCGCCCAGCCCCACGGCCUCUCCCCGCUCCCUCCGGCCCAGCCUCUCCCUGGAGCGCCAGUAUGACUACAAGACCUAUGGCGGGCCACUGGGGCGAGCCAGCUCCCCACGGAUGCCCACGGAAGGAGCUGCGCCCCAGUCCUUCUUCCCGGACCGGGUGCCGUCGCCACGGCCGCCUCUGCCGCCGCCGUAUGAGAGCCAUAGCCUGUACCCGUCGCCACCCAGCACUUUUGCACCUUUCCGGUCUCAAGGUAAAGGUCAGGCGAGGACUGAGGGGGGCGGCGGUCUGGUGUGGGGGGCAUUUUUGAGGCGGGGUGGGACUGCUCGCCUUUGGGUCAUGAGCCCAUCAGUUUCGUCAAGUUGAUGAAACAGAAUUAAUUGGAUUUUGGAUAAGUGUGCAAUUCGAAUUCUGUUGUGUUAUCAGCCUUGGCGGGUCAUGAAAUUGCUUUCUGAAUGUGGCUUCUUUAUAAUAAAGGGUAGGUUCUAAUAAAGGGUAGGUUAUAAUAAAUAUAAUAUAAUAUAAUAUAAUAUAAUAUAAUAUAAUAUAAUAUAAUAUAAUAAACAGUGGUACCUCGGGUUACAUACGCUUCAGGUUACAUUACGAUUCAGGUUACAGACCCAGAAAUAGUGCUUCAGGUUAGGAACUUUGCUUCAGGAUGAGAACAGAAAUCGUGCGGCGGCAGCGGGAGGCCCCAUUAGCUAAAGUGGUGCUUCAGGUUAAGAACAGUUUCAGGUUAAGUACAGACCUCCGGAACGAAUUAAGUACUUAACCAGAGGUACCACUGUAUAAUAUAACAUAAUAUAAUAUAAUAUAAUAUAAUAUAAUAUAAUAUAAUAAUAAAGGGUAGGUUCUGUGAGCUGCCCUGAGGCCUCUGGGUAUAGGGCAGUAUAUAGAUUCUAAUAAAUGAUGAUGAUGAUGAUGAUGAUGAUGAUGAUAAUAAUAAUAUAUUAUUUAUUAUUUAUACCCCGCCCAUCUGGCUGGGUUUCCCCAGCAACUCUGGGCGGCUUCCAACGGAAUAUUAAAAUACAAUAACCUAUUAAACAUUAAAAGCUUCCCUAAAGAGGGCUGCCUUCAGAUGUCUUCUAAAAGUCUGGUAGUUUUUCUCUUUGACAUCUGGUGGGAGGGCGUUCCACAGGGUGAGUGCCACCACUGAGAAGGCCCUCUGCCUGGUUCCCUGUAACUUGGCUUCUCGCAGGGAGGGAGCCGCCAGAAGGCCCUUGGCUCUGGACCUCAGUGUCCGGGCAGAACGAUGGGGGUGGAGACGCUCCUUCAGGUAUAAUAAUAAUAAUAAUAAUGGGCACUGGGGAUGAGCUCAAGGGGACAAUGGCUUGAAAAGCUUUGGGAGCAGCUCGGCUGUAAGGUCAGGAAAGAUGGGGUGAGCCAGAGGUUCUGCGUCAAGGGAUGGCAACGGCGUACCCCCGAGAAAGGUCCUCUGGUGGAUCUCUGAAGAUCUCUCUCUCUGCAGAUGACCUUGUGAUCCGGAGGAGGGUGCAGAAAGGGUGGAACGAAUCCGACCUGGACGUGGCGUAUGAGAAGAAGGCGACCCACCCAGUUGGUUAUGAGCGUGAGUGUUGGCUGGGGUCUCUGGAGGGAGGAGAGGAAGAGAUGUCUUGAUGCGUCAGUGGGCGGGCAGGCGGGAGGCAAAGUGGGGGGGGCAAGGAAAGGGCUUCACCCCCGGGCAUCAUGGUGCAGCAGCCAGGCUGCGGGGACACCUGCAGGGCCAGAUUAAGACCUUUAGAGACCCCCACAUAUAUAUCUAAUUCAAAAUAUAGGCAAUAAUAAACUGUCAAAUAAAAUUUUAAUUUUUGAGAUUCAAUAGAACUUACAGUAGGGAUGCAGAUGGCGCUGUGGGUUAAACCACAGAGCCUAGGACUUGCCGAUCAGAAGGCUGGCGGUUCGAAUCCCCACAACGGGGUGAGCUCCCGUUGCUCGGUCCCUGCUCCUGCCAACCUAGCAGUUCGAAAGCACAUCAAAGUGCAAGUAGAUAAUAGGUACCGCUCCGGCGGGAAGGUAAACUGCAUUUCUGUGCACUGCUCUGGUUUGCCAGAAGCGGCUUAGUCAUGCUGGCCACAUGACACGGAAAAACUGUCUGCGGACAAACGCCGGCUCCCUCAGCCACUAAAGUGAGAUGAGCACCGCAACCCCAGAGUUGGCCACGACUGGACCUAAUGGUCUGGGGUCCCGUUACCUUUUUAAAACUUACAGUAAGGUGGAAAACAAUGCCUAGAACCCACAUACCUACGGGACCGCCUCUCCUGGUAUGCCCUGCGGAGGACCUUAAGGUCCACAAAUAACAACACUUUGGAGGUCCCAAGCCUCAAGGAGGUUGGAUUGGUCUCAAGUAGGGCCAGGGCCUUUUCAGUACUGGCCCCGACUUGGUGGAACGCUCUGUCACAAGAGACUAGGGCCCUGCGGGACUUGACAUCUUUCCGCAGGGCCUGCAAGACGGAGCUGUUCCGCCUGGCCUUUGGUUUGGACUCAGUCUGACCCUUAUGUUUCUCUCCCCUUAUGUUUUUGCUCUAUGGGCUAUUAUUAAAACGAGGCUGCCUUUUAAAUUGCAUUUUUAACCUGUAUUUUAAAUUGUCUGUCCCCCCCCCCCAAUUAUGUUUUUAUUGUAAUUUUACUGGUGUUAGCCGCCCUGAGCCCGGCUCUGGCUGGGGAGGGCGGGGUAUAAAUAAAAAUUUAUUAUUGUUAUUAUUAUUUAUUAUUACUUCCACUUUCUUUAUAUUUGAAAAAAACAUUUCUCCUACUUUUUCUCAUUGCAAAGUCUUUUGGUCAGAACCUCAAAGCCAAUCUCGCGUGACACAUCUCCUCCUAUACUUGCCUUGUCGCAUUAGUUGUUUUGCUGGGAUUUCUAAUAGACUUCAGCUGAGCCAUUUCUGACCAUUAAUGGUCAAAAUCUGGCAAUGGGAAAUUUCUGUGAUUGCCCCCCCCUCUUUCCUCGAUGCCCUAAGUAAGUGCUUAUUUUGCUUAAUGGUUUAUCCAGCACUGAGCAUCCCAUCCCCAAUCAGUCUCUCUUUCUCCACCCCCCGUCCAGGAGGAGACGCCCACAUGGGGCUCCGCCAGAGCCCGGCUGGCGUCCCGCUGUCUCCUUGGAGGGAAUCGAGUUUAGACGGGGGCAUCGGGCCAAGCAAGGUAAGUUUGGGCCUGCGCGGCUCCCCUUUGGGUCUGUGGCAUUGCUGUCAACUUACAGAUUUGAAAAUAAGGGACCAGCAGCCUCGAAAAUAAGGGAUCAGCAGCCAAAAUAAGGGAUUUCCCAAGCACAGGUAUGUUCAACUUCUGAGCCCCUCCGAGCCAAAGGCAGAAAGCCCAGCCAGCAGCCAAACAAAGCCUCAAGCGGUGGUUCCCACAGCGCAGCAACCUGGCAAAGGGGAUGCAGCAAGGAAAACCACCGUCACCUCUCCGCUGGGAAGCGCUGAGCAAAGGCGAGUCCCCAGGCAAUGCGGCCGAUUUGAUCGGCACAAGGCAUGCAAGCUCCACCCCCCAGUCGUUCUUAGAUUCCUUAUUGGGUGAGCAAUGCAGCCAAGCAACACAGUUGGAGCCUCCCUCCUCCCUGGCCGGCAGGGAGGGAGGGAGAGGAGCUGCUUCCUUUGAAACCUGGGAAAUUUAAGGGACAUCAUCCAUAAGGGACAGCAGCGGGAAACGGCGCUGGGAUAAGGGACUUUCCCGCCAAAUAAGUGACGGUUGGCAGCUAUGGUCUGUGGGGUUUAUUCAUUUCACGUAUAUCCCACCUUUUUUCCCUUUCUUGUUCUCCUCCUCAUUUAAAUCUCCACGACAACCCUGCGAGGUAGGUUAGGCUGGCCCAAGGUCACCCAGGGAGCUUCAUGGCUGAGAGGAAAUUCGAACCCCAGUCUCUCCUGGUCCAGCGCUCUAACCACUACACAACACUAAUUCUCAAGGAAGACUUUCCAGGGGAGGGCGCUCAUUGGGAACCCUGCAACUAAUGGCAGGUUGAAAUCUCGGGCGAUGGUGACAAGUUAAAGUAAGGGGAGGGGAUAUAGAUUUGUAACCUCAGGGGCGAAAAAUGUAAUAGCUAGAUCUUUUGUUCAAAUCCCGCUUGCAGGUUUCCCAUAAUGGGCAUGUGGUUGGCCACUGUGAGAACAGGAGGCUGGACUAGAUUAUGUUUUUAUGGAAGUCCGCGCUCAGUAGAGCGUUGUGAAAAUAAGUGUGUAUAAGAUUAUGGAACUUCAUUAUAUUUUUUGUUUGGUUUUUUUUUUAAGAAAAAUCAAUAAAAAAGCAUUUAAAAAAAAAUAGAUUACCGUAUUUUUCGCCCUAUAGGACACACUUUUUCCCCUCCAAAAAUGAAGGGGAAAUGUGUGUGCGUCCUAUGGGGCGAAUGCAGGUGCGACCCCUCUCGCUCUCCAGGCUUCAGGAAACUAUCCGCAAGCCUUGGGAGCCCGGUGCGACUUCCCGCCGGGCUCCCAAGGCUUGCGGACAGCAGCCUGCAGCCCGAAACCCGGGGAGCUCAGCAAAGCGUGCCCCGGGCUUCGGGCAGAUAUCCGCAAGCCUGGAGAGCCCGACGGAAAUUCCCGCCGGGCUCCCAAGGCUUGCGGAUAGCAGCCUGUUCCGCCCCAGCCCCGCAAGCUCCGGGAGCGAUGGCGAGGUUGCGCAACCUCGCCAUCGCUCCCGGACCCGUUCUGGGGGCUGGGGGCGGGGGAAGCUCAGGCUUCCCCCGCCCCCAGCCCCGCAAGCUCCGGGAGCGAUGGCGAGGUUGCUCUUUGGGGCUUGGGGGGGGGAAUAAUCCCCCCUUUAUUCCCCCCCCAAAAUAGGUGUGCCCUAUGGGCCGGUGCGCCCUAUAGGGCGAAAAAUACGGUAUGUUUUUAUGGAACCUCCAGGUCCAGGGGCAGUCUAUCUAGGUUCCUAGUUUGUUAGGGCCACUACAAAAACAGGGACUUAGAUGGGAUGUCUCACCUCUCUUUGCUUCCUCUCCCCUAGGAGGAGCAUUAUGGGAUGCACAGCGCCACCUUGCCCAGGAAUUACAAGGUCUCCCCGCUCGCCAGCGAGCGCCGCCCGGACACCUCCUUCCGCCGCUCCCUCCCCAGCAACCCGACGGGAACCCUGCCCCGCAACUGGCAGCCCAUCUCCCGCAUCCCCAUGCCGCCCCCCAACCCGCAGGGCAGCCUCCCCAAGCGCCACAAACCCCUGCCGCUCUCCAUGAUCUUCCGGCUGCAGAACGCCUUCUGGGAGUACGGGGCAGCUGGGCAGAAGUUCCCCCUUCCCCAGGGCCCCCCAGGCUCCUCGCUUUUCCUCCGCUCCCUCCACAAGCAGCUGAUGCAGCCCACUCUGCCCCAGAGCCAGCACCACCUGCGCAUGGCCUCGCUUGGGAGCGAAGGUAAGCGUCUUGCGGCAGCGAAAGAGGCUAAUACUAUUCUUGGCUGCAUCAACUCACUUCUGCCUCUGUCUUCUGCCUUAGUCAGUCCAUACCUGAAAUGCUGUGUCCAAUUCAGAGCAUCACAAUUUAAGAAGGAUGUUGACAAGGUAGAAUGUGGGCAGAGGAGGGCAACCAAGAUGAUCAAGGGUCUGGAAACAAAGCCUGAUGAGGAGCGGUUGAAGGACUUGGGUCUGUUUAGCCUGGAAAAGAGGAGACUUGAGAGGGGAUAGGAUAGCCAUCUUCACAUAUCUGAAGGGCUGCCCCAUGGAGGAUGGAGAAAGCUUGCUUUCCCCUGCUCCAGAGAGGAGGACCCGAACCAAUGAAUUGAUGUUACAGUGGAACCUCGGUUUUCGAACGUAAUGUUCCAAAAUGUUCAAAAAACUGAAAAAUGAAAGUGGAAGCCUCAGUACAAUAGGGAAACUCAAAACUGAAGUUGUGCGGAAGCUGUUGGGCUUCCAAGUAUCGUUUGAAAACUGAAGCAGUUACAUCUGGGUUUUCGGCGUUCGAGUUCUGAAACGUUCGUCAACGGAGACGUUCGAGAACUGAGGUUCCACUGUACAGGGGUACCUCUGGUUGUGAAUGGGAUCCGUUCCGGAGGCCCAUUCACAACCUGAACAGAACGCAACCCGCAUCUGCACGUGCAGCGAUUCACUGCUUCUGCGCAUGUGCAUGACGUCAUUUUGCACAUCUGCGCAUGUGCGAGCAGCGAAACCUGGAAGUAACCCGUUCCGUUACUUCCGGGUCACCGCUGGACGCAACCUGAGAACGCUCAACCUGAAGCAAACAUAACAUGUUGAUGCUGACCUUUAAAGCCCUAAAUGGCCUCGGUCCAGUAUAUCUGAAGGAGCGUUUCCACCCCCAUCGUUCUGCCCGGACACUGAAGUCCAGUGCCGAGGGCCUUCUGGCGGUUCCCUCAUUGCGAGAAGCCAAGUUACUGGGAACCAGGCAGAGGGCCUUCUCAGUGGUGGCGAGAACAACAACUACUAGACUUUUAGAAGACAUCUGAAGGCAGCCCUUUUUAGGGAAGCUUUUCAUAGAAUCAUAGAAUCAUAGAGUUGGAAGAUACCACAAGGGCCAUCGAGUCCAACCCCCUGCCAAGCAGAAAACACCAUCAGAGCACUCCUGACAUAUGGUUGUCAAGCCUCUGCUUAAAGACCUCCAAAGAAGGAGACUCCACCACACUCCUUGGCAGCAAAUUCCACUGUCGAACAGCUCUUACUGUCAGGAAGUUCUUCCUAAUGUUUAGGUGGAAUCUUCUUUCUUGUAGUUUGGAUCCAUUGCUCCGUGUCCGCUUCUCUGGAGCAGCAGAAAACAACCUUUCUCCCUCCUCUAUGUGACAUCCUUUUAUAUAUUUGAACAUGGCUAUCAUAUCACCCCUUAACCUCCUCUUCUCCAGGCUAAACAUGCCCAGCUCCCUUAGCCGUUCCUCAUAAGGCAUCGUUUCCAGGCCUUUGACCAUUUCGGUUGCCCUCCUCUGGACACGUUCCAGUUUGUCAGUGUCCUUCUUGAACUGUGGUGCCCAGAACUGGACACAGUACUCCAGGUGAGGUCUGACCAGAGCAGAAUACAGUGGCACUAUUACUUCCUUUUAAUGCUUUUAAUGUUUAAUAGGUUAUUGUAUUUUAAUAUUUGGUUGGAAGUUGCCCAGAGUGGCUGGGGAAGCCCAGCCAGAUGGGCGGGGUAUAAAUAAUAAAUUAUUAGUAUUAUUAUGAGGUAUGACUGUAUAAGAAAGGAGAUUCUGACUAAAGAUCAGGAAUAAGCUUCUGAAUGGAAGAGCUGUUUGGCAGUAGAACCCUUGGGAGCUUGUGGACUCUCCUUCUUUGGAGGUUUUUAAGCAGAGGUUGUGUGGCCAUCUGCCAAUGAUGCUUUAGCUGAGAUUCCUGCAUUGCAGUGGGUUGGACUGGAUGACCCCAGGGGUCCCUUCCGACGCCGCAACUCCAGCAUUCGUUUCCCAGGAAGCGCUCCCUUCCCUAGGAACGGCAUCCCCAGCGGUGACCCCUCUCUUCUUUCUCUUCCAGGGAACGGCGUCGCCAAAGCGGCCAGCCCCCCGUCCGAGCCCGUCCGCAUCGUCCCCAUCGUCUUGACCGGGGGCGACGCAGAGGCCGAGUUAGAGAACCUCCUUCCGGGAGGGGAGCCGGCCGAAGCGGAAGAGGUCCCCCGGCCUCUGAGCCCCACCCGCCUCCAGCCUCUGCUGCCCCCCGAGGCCCAGAAAGUGCCCGAGUUUGAGGAGGUGGCGCGGGUCUUGGCCGAGAUGCCCCGGCCCCUGAAACGCCGCGGAUCCAUGGAGCAGUGCCCCGGCCCCGUCUUGCCCCCCACCCACAAGAACCAGUACCGCCAGAUCAUCAGCCGCCUCUUCCACCACCAUCCCCGCAAGGAGGACGCUGGCAUGGCCGGAGAAGCGUCCCCGCAGGCGGAGCUCUCGCCCAUCACCGAGGCCAUGGAGCAGAAGGCGCCUGGAGCUGUCGUGGCCCCCAUUCCAGCAGCCCCCCUGCCACCAAUGCCGGCACCCCCCAUCCCGCCUCCGCCUCUGCCAGAGAGCCCAGUGAGCUUCAGUCCUUUGCCCAGUCCGGUAGGUCUAUGGCAGGGGUGGGGCCGCAUUGCCUUGUGGGCAAGCUUCUGGGGUCCGCAUGUGGGUGGGCCAAGGGCUGCAUUAUUAUCAUUAUUUAUGAAAUUUCUGAGGCUCAACAAUUUAAGAAUCAUUUGAUUGGGCUGAAUUUCCGCCCAAGCAGUUCACUUUUAAGAACCGGUGCACAACCGUGCUUUCCUUUUUCUUCCUCCCUCCCCAUUCCUUUUUCCUUUUGUGCCAUUUCCUUUCGGGACUGGCAGUUGCUGGGGCUGGAAGGAAAAGCUGGGCGGAGCGAUGGGAGGAGGUCUCUUGCCUUUGCACGGUGGGUGGCACUCCAGGCAAAGGCACAUGCACAAACACAAGCGUGCAAACACAAGCGUGCCGCCACCCACCCCACAAACACACUCGCCUCUUCAUGCGGGCAGGCAAGGACACACUCCAGCCAAGCAAAAACACUUGGCUGAGGGUGCGGAUCAGGGCCUUUGAGUCCGAUGCAGAGGCUUGUGAGGCUGCAUCCAGCCCAGGGGCCUGAGAUGUCCCAUCCCUGAUCUCUGCCUUAAAUGCAAUUUCUGCCCACAUUAGAAAGUGGGCACCUUCAUUUGGCCUGUAAAGCACAUGGCAACUGGCCUGCCAUUCAAUAGAAUAGAAUAGAAUAGAAUAGAAUUUAUUAUUUAUACCCCGCCUAUCUGGCUGGGCUUCCCCAGCCACUCUGGGCAGCUUCCAACAAAGUAUUAAAAUACAGUAGUCUGUUAAACAUUAAAAGCUUCCCUAAACAGGGCUGCCUUCAGAUGUCUUCUAGCAGUCUGGUAGUCUUGUUCUCUUUGAUAUCUGAUGGGAGGGCGUUCCACAGGGCGGGUGCCUGUAACCUUACUUCUCGCAGUGAGGAACCGCCAGAAAGCCCUUGGAGCUGGACCUCAGCAUCCGGGCAGAACGAUGGGGGUGGAGACGCUCCUUCAGGUAUCCUGGGCCUUUGAGGCCGUUUAGGGCUUUAAAGGUCAACACCAGCACUUUGAAUUGUGCCUGGAAACGUACUGGGAGCCAAUGUAGGUCUUUCAAGACCGGUGUUAUAUGGUCUCGGCGGUCGCUGCCAGUCAAUAGUCUAGCUGCCGCAUUCUGGAUUAGUUGUAGUUUCUGGGUCACCUUCAAAGGUAGCCCCACGUAGAGCGCAUUGCAGUAGUCCAAGCGGGAGAUAACCAGAGCAUGCACCACUCUGGCGAGACAGUCUGCGGGCAGGUAGGGUCUCAGCCUACGUACCAGAUGGAGCUGGUAGACAGCUGCCCUGGACACAGAACUGACCUGCACCUCCAUGGACAGCUGUGAGUCCAAAAUGACUGCGCACCUGGUCCUUCAGGGGCACAGUUGCCCCAUUCAGGACCAGGGAGUCCUCCACACCUGCCCGCCUCCUGUCCCCCCAAAACAGUCCUUCUGUCUUGUCAGGAUUCAACCUCAACCUGCUACCUGCCAUCCAUCCUCCAACCGCCUCCAGACACUCACACAGGACCUUCACCUCCUUCACUGGUUCUGAUUUGAAAAAGAGGUAGAGCUGGGUAUCAUCCGCAUAUUGGUGGACACCCAGCCCAAACCCCCUGAUGAUCUCUCCCAGCGGCUGCAUGUAGAUGUAUCCACAUUCAGUAUGACUCCCACAUUCCCCAGCCAGUACAGUUACGGGAUACUGGGGCUGAUGGGAGUUACAACCAAAGAAUCGCAGAGUUGGAAGGGGCUCCUGGGGGUCAUCUAGUCCAACCCCCGGCAAUGCAGGAAUCUCGACGAAAGCAUCCGUGACAAUGGAUUGCGUGGGUCGUAGCCUAAAACAUCUGGAGGACACCAGGUUGUCGAUGAGGACUGCGGUGUAGUGACCCACAUGAAACUGGGAGGUGCCUCUGCCCAUGUGCAGAGGGCUUCUCCUCCCAACACCAGAAAGGCUGAGCUAAACAGAACAGGUCACGGGAGAGAACAAACACCCCCCUGUUCUCUGUCUCUGUGCAUGGAAGCCCAGAGAGCGGCUGCCUGCCAGAGUUGACAAUGUUGGCCUACAUGGAGCCUGUCGUUGUUCUGUCUCUCGUGGCUACAGUGAAACUACCAUUGGGAUGGUGGACUGGUCAUUUCCUCGUUGGAGGGCAGGCGGGCGGAUUUAGCGGGGGAUCAAAUACUGAUCACUGUAGUUACAAAAAGCAGCAAAAAAAGCAGUAAGAUCCUAGCCGUAUCACAGUCAAAGUACAAGAUAAACACUUCUUUUAAACUGCUUUUUAAUUGCAUUUUCUUAAAAAAAUGUUUUUAACUCUUUUAAUGGGGUUAUUCGGCUGUUUAUGUUUCUGUUUUGUUUAUGUGUUUCGUGUUUUUAUAUUGUAAUUUUGCCUUGUGAACCACCCUGAGACCUGUGGGUAUAGGCGGUAUAUUAAUUUAAUUAAUAAUAAUAAUAAUAAUAAUAAUUUAUUAUUUAUACCCUGCCCAUCUGGCUGAGUUUCCCCAGCCACUCUGGGUGGCUCCCAAUCAAGUAUUAAAAAUAAUACAGCUUCAAACAUUAAAAGCUUCCCUAAACAGGGCUGCCUUCAGAUGUCUUCUAAAAGUCUGGUACUUGUUGUUCUCUUUGACAUCUGGUGGGAGGGUGUUCCACAGGGCAGGCGCCACUACCGAGAAGGCCCUCUGCCUGGUUCCCUGUAACUUGGCUUCUCGCAAUGAGGGAACUGCCAGAAGGCCCUCAGUGCUGGACCUCAGUGUCCGGGUUAAACAAUGGGGGUGGAGACGCUCCUUCAGGUAUACUGGACCGAGGCCGUUUAGGGCUUUAAAGGUCAGCACCAACACUUUGAAUUGUGCUCGGAAAUGUACUGGGAGCCAAUGCAGAUCUCUCAGGACCGGUUUUAUGUGGUCCCGGCGUCUGCUCCCAUUCACCAGUCUAGCUGCCGCAUUCUGGAUUAAUUGCAGUUUCCAGGUCACCUUCAAAGGCAGAUAGCUAGAGCAUGCACCACUUAAUAAUAAUAAAUGGAGCCAAAGAGACUAAACCUGCGAGACCUCGAACCCAGUCCCUGGCUGUCCCUUGUAGCUGUGCUGUAAUUAUUGACUAGAGAGCACUCUGCACCUGCUCAGAGGCACUUGUGGCCUUUAAAAAAACAACACGCUGGAUUGAGCUUUGGCUUCGAAAGGCAGAGGGAGUGGGGACUGGCUGUGUGGGGGUUGUUGGCCCUUCCCAAGGCGGCCUCCCUGCUGAUGGCUGCCUGCCCUUUGCCAUUCAACAGGAGAAGCGUUCAGUGCUGCGCAAGGCGGCCUCCCCACGGAAGCGGCUGUCAAAGAGGGCGCGACUCAACCCCCUGGUGCUGCUGCUGGAUGCGGCCCUGACCGGCGAGUUGGAAGUCGUGAAGGAAGCCAUGAAGGAGGUGAGUUUUUUUGGGGGGGGGGCUUAUCUUUGGGGACAACCAAAAAUAUCAACAACCUCAGACAUGCAGAUGACACAACAUUGACAGUAGAAAGUGAGGAGGAAUUAAAGAACCUUUUAGUGAGGGUGAAAGAGGAGAGCGCAAAAUAUGGUCUGAAGCUCAACAUCAAAAAAACGAAGAUCAUGGCCACUGGGCCCAUCACCUCCUGGCAAAUAGAAGGGGAAGAAAUGGAGGCAGUGAGAGAUUUUACUUUCUUGGGCUCCAUGAUCACUGCAGAUGGGGACAGCAGCCACCAAAUUAAAAGGCGCCUCUUUGUGACCCCCUGGACCAGAGCACGGCAGGCACUCCUGUCUUCCACGGCCUCCCGCAGUUUGGUCAAACUCAUGUUCAUAGCUUCGAGAACACUGUCCCACCAUCUCGUCCUCUGCUGUCCCCUUCUCCUUGUGCCCUCCAUCUUUCCCAACAUCAGGGUCUUCUCCAGGGAGUCUUCUCUUCUCCUGAGGUGGCCAAAGUCUUGGAGCCUCAGCUUCAGGAUCUGUCCUUCCAGGGAGCACUCAGGGCUGAUUUCCUUCAGAAUGGAGAGGUUUGAUCUUCUUGCAGUCCAUGGGACUCUCAAGAGUCUCCUCCAGCACCAUAAUUCAAAAGCAUCAAUUCUUUGGUGAUCAGCCUUCUAUAUGGUCCAGCUCUCACUUCCAUACAUCACUACUUGGAAAACCAUAGCUUUAACUAUACGGACCUUUGUUGGCAAGGUGAUGUGUCUGCUUUUUAAGACGCUGUCUAGGUUUGUCAUUGCUUUCCUCCCAUGAAGCAGGCGUCUUUUAAUUUCGUGACUGCUGUCACCAUCUGCAGUGAUCAUGGAGCCCAAGAAAGUAAAAUCUCUCACUGCCUCCAUUUCUUCCCCUUCUAUUUGCCAGGAGGUGAUGGGCCCAGUGGCCAUGAUCUUAGUUUUUUUGAUGUUGAGCUUCAGACCAUAUUUUGCGCUCUCCUCUUUCACCCUCAUUUCCUGGAGCAGGAACCAGCAAGCCGCUCCAGUAUCCCUGCCAAGAAAACUCCAUGGACAAAGACAACAGGCUACCAAUCUAGAUGGCUUUAAAAGAGGACUGCACAAAUUCAUGGAGGGCUAUUGACGGCUUCUGGCCACAAUGGCUGUACUCAGUGUCCUUAGCAGAAGGCAACAAUGCGUUGCUGGAAACCGCAGGAGGGGAGAGUUGCUCUUGUGUUUCUCUUUGGACAUCUGGUCAGACCCUGUGAGAACAGGUCGCUGGACCAGAUGGGCCCCUUUUGGCCCGGCCCAACAGCCUCUUCUCAAGUGGCAGGGAGUUCCACAGUUUGCACUGCGUGAAGAAGGAUUUUAUUUUAUCGGUCCUGAAUCUUCCAAUGUUCAGCAUCCUUGGAUGCCCACAAGUCCAGGAGAGAGGCAGGGAAUCCUUUCCCUUCUUUCUCCUUGGCAUGCGUCGUUUUAUAAACUCAUGUUGCUUCUGACACGCCUUUAAUUUCUCCACUUUUUCAGUGCCAUGUGUAGUUUUGUGAGCUUCCAUCACGUCCCUUCUUGGUCACCUUUUCUCUGACCUUAACAUAUUCAUGUGGUUUUUGCCAUAGGACUUUUGUGGCUCUGAUACAGUGGUACCUUGGUUCUCGAACUUAAUCCGUUCCAGAAGUCCAUUCCAAAACCAAAGCAUUCCAAAACCAAGGCACACGUUCCCAUAGAAAGUAAUGCAAAACGGAUCAAACCGUUCCAGAUUUUUUAAAAUAACCCCUAAAACAGCAAUUGAACAUGAAUUUUACUAUUUAACGAGACCAUGGAUCCAUAAAAUGAAAGCAAUAAUCAAUGUACUGUACUAUAAAAUAAAUAAGACGGUAUUGUAGAUGAUAAAAAUAAUAAUUUUUUUCUUACUUGCACUGAUGAUCAUCAUUGUUUGGAUGGGGGGCUUGUAUCCAUUUACACAGUCACACAGUCAGUCAGUAGCUGAACUGGGUUCCACACAGUCGCAAAAACAAAUUAAAUGAAAAAGCCUCAAAAACAAAAACACCAAAUAAAUAGCAAAAGCGAAAGCGCCAAACGUAAUCCAUUCUGGAAGCUCAUUUGACUUCCGAAAUGUUCGAAAACCAAGGCGCAGCUUCUGAUUGGUGCAGGUGCCCCGGAAACAAUAGCCGACCGGCGCAUUGGAUGUUUGGUUUCAGAAAAACAUUUGAAAACUGGAACACGUCCAGGUUUACGGCGUUUGGGAACCAAGGCAUUUGAGAACUAAGGCGUUUGAGAACCAAGGUACCACUGUAGCGGUAUAGGAUUAUUAUCAUAAGUAAAAUAAAACCAUGGGAGCUGAAAGACACACAAGCACACGGACCCUCCAAAAGUGCAUUUUCCUGCUUCUCCCCCCAGCUGAACGACCCGAGUCAGCCCAACGACGAGGGCAUCACUGCUCUCCACAAUGCCAUCUGCGGUGCCAACUACAACAUCGUGGACUACCUGAUCAACAUUGGGGCCAACGUCAACUCCCCGGACAGCCAUGGAUGGUGAGCUUUUUUUUUAUUUAUCCAAAAAUCCUCAAAGCAGCUUACUAAAAGAAGCUAAAACAAUUAAAUUGUUGCUCUUAGGAUUCUUGGGUUUUCCUUGUUUUGCAUUUUCAUUAUGCGUUCUGUGUCUUUUAGAGCAUAAUUUUAUGUUGUGAACCACCCUUCAGGUAUAGGAAGGUGUACAUAUGUAAUAAAUAAAAUAAUAAUAGUACAGUGGUACCUCAGGUUAAGUACUUAAUUCGUUCUGGAGGUCCGUUUUUAACCUGAAACUGUUCUUAACCUGAAGCACCACUUUAGCUAAUGGGGCCUCCUGCUGCCACCACGCCACCAGAGCACGAUUUCUGUUCUCAUCCUGAAGCAAAGUUCUUAACCUGAAGCACAAUUUCUGGGUUAGCGGAGUCUGUAACCUGAAGCGUAUGUAACCUGAAGCGUAUGUAACCCGAGGUACCACUGUAAAGGUAAAGGGACCCCUGACCAUUAGGUCCAGUCGUGGCCGACUCUGGGGUUGCGGCGCUCAUCUCACUUUAUUGGCCGAGGGAGCUGGCGUACAGCUUCCGGAUCAUGCGGCCAGCAUGACUAAGCCGCUUCUGGCGAACCAGAGCAGCGAAUGGAAACGCCGUUUACCUUCCUGCCGGAGCGGUACCUAUUUAUCUACUUGCACUUUGACGUGCUUUCGAACUGCUAGGUUGGCAGGAGCAGGGACCGAGCAACAGGAGCUCACCCCGUCGUGGGGAUUCGAACCGCCAACCUUCUGAUAGGCAAUUCCUAGGCUCUCUGGUUUAACCCACAGCGCCACCCGCGUCCUAAAAUAAUAAUAAUACGAUAUUUAGAAAGUUACAAUAACAAUCGCCUAAAAAGAAAAAAUGGCCCAGUUUUCUGAGCAGCCGGGUGGGCUUGUCUAAACAAGGACGUUUUUAGCAAGGGCCGAAAGGGCUUUACAGCAAAGGCGCCUGUCUUAUCAUGAGGCAGGGAGUUCCGAAGUGUAGGCACUGCCGCAGUAAGCCAUCUACAGAUGCAGAACGGAGAAUAUGGGGCACCUGGGACAGGGCCAGAUCCACCGACCUGAGUGGGUGUUUGUGGGGUGAAAUGAUCUCACAGACAAACCGGUUUCCCAAGUUGUUAAGGGCUUUGUGUACUAGUUAUUAACACCUUCAACCUGGCAGCGAGUGCGGAUCUCUGAGCACAGGUGUUCUAUCCUGGCAAGCCCUUGGCUUUUGUCAGCAAUCGGGCUGCAGCUAUUCCCUGGGGGAAGGUAGGAAGUGCAGCUGCAAUGCUCCACAGCUUCCUUCUCUUCCUACAUUCCCGCCAUCCCCCAGGAGGAAGCUGCAGAACCACAGAACUGUAGAGCUGGAAGGGAACCCUAGUGGCCAUCUAGUCCAACCCCAGCAAUGCAGGAAUCACAGUUAAAUUGUUAUUAUUAUUAUUAUUAUUAUUAUUAUUAUUAUUUAUUUAUUUAUACCCCGCCCAUCUGGCUGAGUUUCCCCAGCCACUCUGGGCGGCUCCCAAUCAAAACAGUACAGCAUUAAAUAUUAAAAACUUCCCUAAACAGGGCUGCCUUCAGAUGUCUUUUCAAAAGAAGAUAGCUGCUUAUUUCCUUCACAUCUGAAGGGAGGCUGUUCCACAGGGCGGGCGCCACCACUGAGAAGGCUCUCUGCCUGGUUCCCUGUAACCUCGCUUCUUGUAAUGAGGGAACCGCCAGAAGACCCUCAGUGCUGGACCUCAGUGUCCGGGCUGAACGAUGGGGGUGGAGACGCUCCUUCAGGUAUACAGGACCGAGGCUGUUUAGGGCUUGAAAGGUCAGCACCAACACUUUGAAUUGUGCUCGGAAACGUACUGGGAGCCAGUAGGUCUUUCAGGACCAGUGUUAUGUGGUCUCGGCGGCUGCUCCCAGUCACCAGUCUAGCUGCCGCAUUCUGGAUUAAUUGUAGAUUCCGGCUCACCUUCAAAGGUAGCCCCACGUAGAGCGCAGUGCAGUAGUCAAAGCGAGAGAUAACCAGAGCAUGCACCACUCUGGCGAGACAGUGCGCGGGCAGAUAGGGUCUCAUCCUGCGUACCAGGUGGAGCUGGUAGACAGCCACCCUGGACACAGAAUUAACCUGCGCCUCCAUGGACAGCUGUGAGUCCAAAAUGACUCCCAGGUUGCGCACCUGGUUCUUCAGGGGCACGGUUACUCUGUUCAGGACCAGGGAAUCCCCCACACCCGUCCGCCAUGAACAGGGCACACACACACACACACCUUAACCGAGCUUGGGUGUUUUUCCACCCCCCCUCUCUUUCCCAGGACACCCCUGCACUGCGCUGCCUCCUGCAACGACACGGCCAUCUGCGUAGCCCUGGUCAAGCACGGAGCGGCCAUUUUCGCCACCACUUUCAGCGACGGCAGCAUGGCCAUUGAGAAGUGCGACCCGUACCGUGAGGGCUACAGCGACUGCUUCAGCUACCUGGCAGGUGAGGCGGCAGGAGGGCACAUGGGAAAGGCACCAGGAAGUCCUUUUUUAAAAAAAUAAAAUAAUAGCAACUUGUAUUAAAUUUUCCAUUUUAACAAUCCACUCAAAUCACAUUAAAUAUUCCAAAUUAUACAUACUGUUGUUUAGUCGUUUAGUCGUGUCCGCCUCUUCGUGACCCCCUGGACCAGAGCAGGCCAGGCCCUCCUGUCUUCCACUGCCUCCCGCAGUUUGGUCAAACUCAUGCUGGUAGCUUCGAGAACACUGUCCAACCAUCUCGUCCUCUGUCGUCCCCUUCUCCUUGUGCCCUCCAUCUUUCCCAACAUCAGGGUCUUUUCCAGGGAGUCUUCUCUUCUCAUGAGGUGGCCAAAGUCUUGGAGCCUCAGCUUCAGGAUCUGUCCUUCCAGUGAGCACUCAGGGCUGAUUUCCUUAAGAAUGGGAAAUUAUACAUAUACAUUUCAUACAGGUAAUCCAAAUAUUCUGCCGAAUUAUAAAUCUUUUGCUGGGGCUUCCCAUGCUUUGAGUUCAGGGGUGGGCUCUGAUCAUCUCAUAUCUCUGCUGCUUUUGAUAGUCAUUUCUAAUAGUUCCAGUGUGGUGUAGUGGUUAAGAGCGGUAGAUUUGUAAUCUGGGGAACUGGGUUUGCGUCUCCGCUCCUCCACAUGCAGCUGCUGGGUGACCUUGGGCCAGUCACACUUCUGUGAAGUCUCUCAGCCCCACUCACCUCACAGAAUGUUUGUUGUGGGGGCGGAAGGAAAAGGAGAUUGUUAGCCGCUUUGAGACUCCUUCGGGUAGUGAUAAAGCGGGAUAUCAAAUCCAAACUCUUCUUCUUCUUCUUCUUCCUGUUGCUUUCCUUCUUUCACUGCCUCUGAGCUGUUUCCACAAGCGAGCUGAAGUAAAAUGAUAUGUUUCUGUGUGGAUGCACCGGAAAGUCCUGUGUCACACAGCUGCAAAACAUUUCCAUGUCCUAAAUUAUACAUAUCGCAGCUGCAAAUUUAGUCUGGCGAUUUUUCCCAGACGGGGCAAAACAAACAAACGGGCUAUGGGUCUCUGAGUUGUGGGGAGAAGCUGUUGGAUCAGGCCAAAGGGGGCCCACCUAGUCCACCCUCCUGCCCUCACGGUGGCCAAAUACCCCUAAGAACCUGGGGAUCUGGAUAGACUGCUCCUGGACCUGGAGGUUCCAUGCGGACAUACCAAGAGCAUGUCUGCUGGAUCAGGCCCAUCUGCUCCAAUGUCCUCUUCUCUCAGUGGCCAAUGAGGUUCCCCCAAAGUGGAAACUCUCAAACAGGACCCCUGAGCACAAGGGCAAUUCUCUACCCACCCCGGUUUCCAGCAAGUGGUGUUUGGAAGCAGGCACCCCCAAAUUCGGCCCUCCAGCUGUUUUGGGACUACAACUCCCAUCAUCCCUAGCUAAUAGCACCAGUGGUCAGGGAUGAUGGGAAUUGUAGUUUCAAAACAGCUGGAGGGCCGAGUUUGGGGGUGCCUGGCAGAGCAUGUUGUUGCUGUUGUUUAGUCGUGUCCGACUCUUCGUGACCCCCUGGACCAGAGCACGCCAGGCACUCCUGUCUUCCACUGCCUCCCGCAGUUUGGUCAAACUCAUGUUCGUAGCUUCGAGAACACUGUCCCACCAUCUCGUCCUCUGUCGUCCCCUUCUCCUUGUGGCCUCAAUCUUUCCCAACAUCAGGGUCUUUUCCAGGGAGUCUUCUCUUCUCCUGAGGUGGCCAAAGUCUUGGAGCCUCAGCUUCAGGAUCUGUCCUUCCAGUGAGCACUCAGGGCUGAUUUCCUUCAGAAUGGAGAGGUCUGAUCUUCUUGCAGCCCAUGGGACUCUCAAGAGUCUCCUCCAGCAUCAGAAUUCAAAAGCAUCCAUUCUUCGGCAAUCAGCCUUCUUGAUGGUCCAGCUCUCACUUCCAUACAUCACUACUGGGAAAACCAGAGCUUUAACUAUACGGACCUUUGUUGGCAAGGUGAUAUCUCUGCUUUUCAAGAUGCUGCCUAGGUUUGUCAUUGCUUUCCUCCCAAGAAGCAGAGCACCCGACACUACAAUUCUAGGAUUCAGAUGGUGGGCGGCAGUGAAGUCAUGAGUUUUGAAUGAAUGUUGAUCCACAUUUUGGGGGGCUCCCCAUUCCUCUUUGCAGAUGUUGAGCAGAACAUGGGGCUGAUGAACAACGGGGUGGUCUACGCCUUGUGGGAUUAUAGCGCUGAGUUCAGCGACGAGCUGUCUUUCCGCGAGGGCGAGCCGGUCACCGUCUUGCGCCACGACAACCCCGACGAAACAGACUGGUGGUGGGCAUCUCUCUACGGCCAGGAGGGCUACGUGCCCAAGAACUACUUUGGGGUGAGUGUUCAAGACACGCGCGAGGAUGCGAUGGGAGUUUUGCAGGCUACGAAGGACUCGUUCACAAAUAUGUUGACAGCUGCACGGAUUAUUAUAGCUAGCAAGUGGAAGGGGCAAGCAGAAUAUAAAAUGGAAGAAUGGAAUAAAGAGGUGUGGGAUUUAGCUGUUAAUGAUAAAUUAACAUGUGCCAUUAAGGUAAGACGGGGAAUAUGCAGGAGUAUUGAUUUUGAGGAGAUAUGGAAGGUGUUUGUAGAAUUUGUACUGUUAAAACAGAAAGGGGUCAAACCAUCGCAAGAGGCGUUGAAAAUCUGGGAGGCUGGAAAGUUACAAUAGUUAUUCUUAUUUAUUUAGGAUUAUUACUUUGUCAAAAAGAAAAAUAAUUUUUAAAAGACAUACACAUGUGCGAGGGUCCUUUGUUUAUGCUUAAUAAUAAUAAUAAUAAUAAUAAUAUACCCCACCCAUCUGGCUGAGUUUCCCCAGCCACUCUGGGGGACGCCCAACCAAAUAUUAAAAACACAAUAAAACAUCAAACAUUAAAAACCUCCCUAAACAGGGCUGCCUUCAGAUGUCUUCUAAACGUCAGAUAGUUGUUUAUUUCCUUGACUUCUGAUGGGAGGGUGUUCCACAGGGCGGGUGCCACCACCAAGAAGGCCCUGUGCCUGGUUCCCUGUAACCUCACUUAUCGCAGGGAGGGAACCGCCAGAAGGCCCUUGGCGCUGGACCACAGUGUCCAGGCUGAACGAUGGGGGUGGAGAUGCUCCUUCAGGUAUACUGGGCCUUUGAGGCCAUUUAGUGCUUUCAAGGUCAGCACCAACACUUUGAAUUGUGCUCGGAAACGUACUGGGAGCCAAUGCAGAUCUCUCAGGACUGGUGUUAUGUGGUCUUGGCGGCUGCUCCCAGUCACCAGUCUAGCUGCUGCGUAAAAGCACCUGGGUGAGCCUCUGCUUACGUUGUUAACCAGCGAUGAGCUUCCUGCGGCCACCAGGAUCCAGCCUGGCGUGCUGGUUUCUCUGCCUUGCUGGGCUUGCUCCGUUCCAAAAUACGCAACUCACCUGUGCUUCUCUCCUCCGCAGCUCUUCCCCAGGGUGAGGCCGCAGCAGAGGAAGGCGUGACAUUUCGGAGGGAGGAACCCCGUCGCUGCCAUCCCAGGAGGAACCUGAGGAAUGUGCCUGGACAGGAUCCCGAAGAACAGCUUCGCAGUGCGGAUGAAUCGCCUUGCCUGCCUCAGGAGGGCGGCUGUCUGGCAUCCUCAGAUGCGCUGUAUUGGUGGAGGGAAGGGAGAGACAUGAGAAGAUGGCGAAUCCUUGGCUCUCUCGCUCUGUGUGUGUGUGUGUGUGUGUGUGUGUGUGUGUGUGUGUGUGUCUGGAAAAGCAUGCCUAAAAGGAGAGGGUCUGACCUGAUUUUUUUUUUUUUUUACUAUCUGCCUUCCUCUCCUCCUGCUUCCGUUAAGGACCUGCCAUGACGCUAGGAAGGGUGAUAGUAUUUCAUAGCUGUCAACCUUCCCUUUUUUUGCGGAGAAUUCCCUUAUCCCAGCGCCGUUUCCCGCUGCUUCCUGCUGCUAUCCCGGAUUGUUAGAUAUCCCAUAGACUGUCCCUGGGACAGGUGAGGCUGCUGAUCCCUUAUUUUUGAGGCUGCUGAUCCCUUAUUUUCAAAUUUGAAAGUUGACAGCUAUGGUAUUUUUUUAUUGUUUUGCAUAGAAUUGUAGUGUUAUAAGGGAGUCCCUGGGACGUGAGUGGUGCUGUGGGUUAAACCACAGAGCCUAGGACUUGUUGAUCAAAGUCGGCAGUUCGAAUCCCCCUGACGGGGUGAGCUCCCGUUGUUCAGUCUCUGCUCCUGCCAACCUAGCAGUUUGAAAGCACGUCAAAGUGCAAGUAGAUAAAUAAGUACCGCUCCAGCGGGAAGGUAAACGGCGUUGCGUUGCUCUGGUUCGCCAGAAGCGUCUUAGUCCUGCUGGCCACAUGACCCAGAAGCAGUACGCCGGCUCCCUUGGCCAGUAAAGCGAGAUGAGCGCCACAACCCCAGAGUCGUCCAUGACUGGACCUAACAGUCAGGGGUCCCUAUACCUUUACCUUUAAGGGAGUCCCUGAGAGGCAUCUAGCCCAACCCCCUCAGCUGAGGAAUCCCUGGUGGAUGGGAAUCCCAAUCUCCAAGGAAGGAAAGCCCCCAUCACUUAGGAUUCCAGCUCCAGCGGCUGGAAGGUUUUUGCCCCAUUCAUCCAAACGAAAAUUCAGAUGUUGGGGUGACUAAUUGAUUUGCCCAAGGGGUACAUAGCGCACCUCUGGGGGAAUCCUUCCCAUAAAUCCAACCACUGCUGGAGCAGCCUUGCCUCUCAAAGAGAUUGCCCCCAUCCCUCCCUCCCAGCUCCUACCCUGAGCAUAUUCAGAGGUGCCUGACCCUCUCUCCAUCCCCUUGGCUUCCUUGCCUCUCUGGACACGUCCACCACCAGCUGACCUCUCUGCUCCCAGCUCCGGCCACGUCGCCAACAGCUUCCUUUGGGCCUCGGCAUCAGAACUUGAGCAAUGGCAGCUGCUUCCCCCUCUCAUUUCUACGAUCGUUGCUCAGCUGCGGUUCUCCCUCCACGAAUCUCCGGCUCCCUGUCCCAGCGUUGAAACUGGAGACGUGAUAGAAGAGGACCUCGCUUCCCCAGGACUCGCAGUUUCAACGGGAUCCUUGAGGAGAGCUCCCUCUCUGCCCAGGAGGAGGGCUCCACAGGACGGGACCGUGGCCUGGGCAAAAUCCACUGCUUUCUGCUCUUUUGACUUUUGCACAAAUGGGAGGCACUAGGGAGCUUGUGCCUUGGCGAGUUUGCCUCACCAAGAGGGUGUUGCCUUCUACACAGCUCCAUCUAGCCCAAUGUGGCCUACACGGACUGGCAGCUGUCUCUCUGGCAGAGAGACACCUUUCCUGUUGCUAGCUCCCUGAUCUUCCUAGCUGGAAAGGCCCCGGUUUGAAUCCAAGACUUAAUUCAUGUCAAACAUGGUCUCUGCUCCAGAGCUAGGCUGCCUCUCUUCAGACUGCGGAGGAAACCCUGGCUCAAUUGCAGAUGCUCUGUUUUGCUCUGCCUUUUCUCACUCCUAUAGCCUUCCCAUCACACCUGACACUCCUCCUCCUUGGACAAGCUGCCCCACGUCCUCCCUACCUUAUUUUCUUCGCUGUUAUUCUGCUAAGGAGGGACACAGGUGGCGCUGUGGUCUAAACCACUGAGCCCUGGGCUUGCCGAUCGGAAGGUUGGCGGUUCGAAUCCCCACGACGGGGUGAGCUCCUGUUGCUCGGUCCCUGCUCCUGCCAACCUAGCAGUUCGAAAGCACGUCAAAGUGCAAGUAGAUAUAUAGGUACCACUCUGGCGCGAAGGUAAAUGGUGUUUCCGUGCGCUGCUCUGGCUCACCAGAAGCGGCUUAGUCCUGCUGGCCACAUGACCCAGAAGCUGUACGCCGGCUCCCUCGGCCAAUAAAGCGAGAUGAGCGCCGCAACCCCAGAGUCGGUCACGACUGGACCUAAUGGUCAGGGGUCCCUUUACCUUUACUUAUUCCGCUAAGGCCGGUCAGCCGCCAUAAGAGAGACAAGCCCCUCCACCUCUAGCCGAGUAGAUCGCUCAAAUCACAACCAGGGUUGGCAUUUUAAAGCGAAUGAAAAGGAUGGGGUACUUGGUGGUGGUGGGUUAACAAAUAUAACGCCAGUGUUCUGUAUCCCCUGAAUAUUAUAGCCUUGGAAGGUUGCACCCCGAGUCCAGACACAGGCUCCUCCAUGCAACUCCUGCAAAAAGAUUCCUCUAUUUGCCGGAAGGAUUGCAGGGGGAGAAUUUUGGGUUUGUGCUUCUAUCAAGGACCCUGGCUGGAAAAACACAGAGCUAACUAUUAAAAAGGAACACGGGUAGCACUGUGGGUUAAACCACAGAGCCUAGGACUUGCCGAUCAGAAGGUCGGCGGUUCGAAUCCCCGCGAUGGGGUGAGCUCCCGUUGCUCGGUCCCUGCUCCUGCCAACCUAGCAGUUCGAAAGCACAUCAAAGUGCAAGUAGAUAAGUAGGUACCACUCCGGCGGGAAGGUAAACGGCCUUUCCGUGCGCUGCUCUGGUUCGCCAGAAGCAGCUUAGUCAUGCUGGUCACAUGACCCGGAAGCUGUACGCCGGCUCCCUCGGCCAAUAAAGUGAGAUUAGAGCCGCAACCCCAGAGUCGGCCACGACUGGACCUAAUGGUCAUGGGUCCCUUUACCUUUAACUAUUAAAAAUUGGACUGCUCCAACACAGACUCCUCGUAAUCCUUCUUUCAGGAUGCCUCCGUUUAAUAUUUUGUGAAUAUAUUCUUUCGAUUCUUGGGGAAUGGCUAACCCUGAUCUCAGGGGUUUUUCACGCACGUCUGCUAGAGAUAAAAGUCAUGCAAGGCCACACAAUUGAAUAUUUCCGAGGGAUGGGCCUCUCUUGGAGAUGGCUCUGAUGGGGUUCUCUGAUCUUGCCCCUGUCAAGACACUUUUUCAACAUGACCCAUGGGAAAUUGGGUAACAAAAAGAAAGAAAAACCACAAAGCAAAAACUCCUCAAGGAGAUUCCAUGCUGUUUUCAUUAAAUGAGAGGGCAAACCCUAGCAAUAAUCUGGGACACGUUUGAAGCUUUUGUCCGUGGAAACUGUAUUAGUAAAAAAUGUGGCAUUAAAAAGGAGAAAAGUAACAUUAAUGCUCAAAUUACUACAAGGAAUACUACUACGGGAGCUUGAAACAGAACAUAUGCACACAAAGGAAAAGAGUUUACUGUAAGCCUUGGGGGAAAAGGGAGAAUUGGAAUCAUUGGAAAUAUCCCAGAUACUAAACUCUCUUAUCUAGGAACUGGAUCACAUAAAUUUGGAACUUAAUACUUAGGAACAAGUAUUACCACUUUGCUACAAGAACCUCAAACGGGGAAAAGGCACUCCUUUUUAAUGCAACAUGGUUAUUCACUAUGUACAAUCGAUCGAGCAUCGAUUCUGCCCUCCAAAAAUGCACAGGGACCCUCUGGAAUGACACUCGCUUCCUGUUUUUGCACCUGUAGCGUGUAAUGGAUAUUGUAUUAGGCCUAAAACUGGAGCCACACUUUAUGGCGAGGGGAAUUACUUUUCUGUUGAUGAUGUAUUUGUAAUUGCUUAUAUCUAAAAAGUAUGUUUUAAAAAAUAAUAAUAAAUGUGGACUAACUG